AUGAAAGAGAAGAGGAAUGGGAAAAGGGUAGAGGGGGAUACUCUUAUCUAGGGCUCUCCUCUGGGAUAUAGUUUUAAAGGGCUCAGCAGCCUGCUCUGUGGUGUGUGAGUGUGUGUGUGAGUGUGCGUGUGUUUGUGUGUGUGUGUGUGUGUGUGUUAUGCAGCUCAGCAGCCAGCCAGUAGAUGUGAUGAUGAAGAGGGUUUCCUGGCCUGGUCAGGAGCCAUGUGUGUCACAGAGAUCACUCCUCUGCAGCUGCCUCCUCACAACCUCCUCAGAUUAAAACACCAGUCAUAUUCUUUCCCUCAGGACCCAGUAUGUGGGUGGGUGUGUGAGGAUUGCUGAACGGCCUGUGGCUGUAAGACUUGUUGUCAUUAAGGCCCUGUGGUGGCCUGCAGAGGCUGGGGGCAACAGCACCACCUUACAUCAGCAGCGAGAACUGUGUGUGUGUGUGUGUGUGUGUGUGUGUGUGUGUGUGUGUGUGUGUGUGUGUGUGUGUGUGUGUGUGUGUGUGUGUGUGUGUGGUGGGGGGGGGACUUUAGAUCAUCAGGAAGAGUCAGUGGUUUCAAUACUGCUGCCUCUAAUGGAGCUGUGGGGGUCUUGAAAGUACUGUGUGUGUGGUGUGUGUGUGUGUGUGUGUGUGUGUGUGUGUGUGUGUGUGUGUGUGUGUGUGUGUGUGUGUGUGUGUGUGUGUGUGUGUGUGUGUGUGUGGUGGGGGGGGGGGACUUUAGAUCAUCAGGAAGAGUCAGUGGUUUCAAUACUGCUGCCUCUAAUGGAGCUGUGGGGGUCUUGAAAGUACUGUGUGUGUGUGUGUGUGUGUGUGUGUGUGUGUGUGUGUGUGUGUGUGUGUGUGUGUGUGUGUGUGUGUGUGUGUGUGUGUGUGUGUGUGAAGGAGUAAAGUCAUUUAGAGUGAGGGGAGGGAAGGAGGAGUGGAGGCUGGGAGAGGGAGGGAGGGAGGGAGGGAGGGAGGGGGGAGGGGAAGUACUCAAUAGAGAAAUUGCCGUCGUCUCUGGGAGGGCAGUAUGUCACCUCUCUACGUCUCUCUCCUCUCUGACACACACUGUAAAAGGCAAAUUUACUGCACCCAUUGAUUCUUUCAGUACAGUGGCUGGCAACGCUCACUAGGGAUUCAAGCCUUUGCGUUCAUUCUCCAGCAGCACGGCGAAUCACAGCGAAACACACACACACACAUCACACAAACAUGCAUGCAGGCAAGUCAAUUCAAAGAGCUUUAUUGGAAUUGGAAACAUGUUUACAUUGCCAAAGCAAGUCGAAUAAAUAAUUCACAAAAGUGAAAUAAACAAUCAGAAAUUAACCGUAAACAUUACACUCGCAGUCUGCGUUCCAAUUCAUCCCAAAGGUGUUCGAUGGGGUUGAGGUCAGGGCUCUGUGCAGGCCAGUCAAGUUCUUCCACAACCGAUCUCAACAAACCAUUUCUGUAUGGACCUGGCUUUGUGCACGGGGGCAUUGUCAUGCUGACAGAGGAAAGGAUCUUCCCCAAACUGUUACCACAAAGUUGGAAGCACAGAAUUGUCUAGAAUAUCAUUGUAUGCUGUAGCGUUAAGAUUUCCCUUCACUGAAACUAAGGGGCCUAGCCCGACCAUGAUAAACAGCCCCAGACCAUUAUUCCUCCUCCACCAAACUUUACAGUUGGCACUAUGCAUUGGGGCAGGUAGCGUUCUCCUGGCAUUCGCCAAACCAAGAUUUGUCCGUCAGACUUACAGAUGGUGAAGCGUGAUUCAUCGCUCCAGAGAACGCAUUUCCACUGCUCCAGAGUCCAAUAGCUGCGAGCUUUACACCACUCCAGCUGACGUUUGGCAUUGCGCAUGGUGAUCUUAGGCUUGUGUGCGGCUGCUCGGCCAUGGAAACCCAGUUCAUGAAGCUCCCAACUAACAGUUAUUGUGCUGACGUUGCUUCCAGAGGCAGUUUGGAACUCGGUAGUGAGUGUUGCAACCGAGGACAGACGAUUUUUAUGUGCUACGCGCUUCAGCACUCAGUGGUCCCGUUCUGUGAGCUUGUGUGGCCUACCACUUCGCGGCUGAGCCGUUGUUGCUCCUAGACGUUUCCACUUCACAAUAACAGCACUUACAGUUGACUGGGGCAGCUCUAGCAGGGCAUAAAUUUGUCGAACUGACUUGUUGGAAAGGUGACAUCCUAUGAUGGUGCCACGUUGAAAGUCACUGAGCUCUUCAGUAAGGUCUUCUCCUGCCAAUGAUUGUCUAUGGAGAUAGCAUGGCUGUGUGCUCGAUUUUAUACACCUGUCAGCAACAGGUGUGGCUGAAAUAGCCGAAUCCAUUCAUUUGAAGGGGUGUCUACAUACUUUUGUAUAUCUAUGGUAUUUCACCUAAUAGAUAUGGGAUUUUAUCAAAAUUGGACUUGUUUUCAAAUUCUUUGUGGGUCUGUGUAAUCUGAGGGAAAUACUGUAUGUGUCUCUGAUAUAAAUCAAAUCAAAUUGUAUUUGUCACAUACACGUGUUUAGCAGAUGUUAUAGCGGGUGUAGCGAAAUGCUUGUGCUUCUAGCUCCGACAGUGCAGUAAUAUCUAACAAUUACACAACAUAUACUGUACCCAAUACACACAAAAAAGUAAGGAAUGGGAUUUAAGAAUAUAUACAUAAGAAAAACUUGAUUUAUUUCAGUAAUUGCAUUCAAAAGGUGUAACUUGUACAUUAUAUUUAUUCAUUGCACACAGACUGAUGCAUUCAAAUGUUUAUUUCAUUUAAUUUUGAUGAUUUGAAGUGGCAACAAAUGAAAAUCCAAAAUUCCGUGUGUCACAAAAUUAGAAUAUUGUGUAAGGGUUACAUUUUGAAGGCACCUGGUGCCACAAAAUAAUCAGCUGAUUAACUCAAAACACCUGCAAAGGGCUUUAAAUGGUCUCUCAGUCCAGUUCUGAAGCCUACACAAACAUGGGGAAGACUUCAGAUUUGACAGCUGUCCAAAAGGCGACCAUCGACACAUUGCACAAGGAGGGAAAGACACAAAAGGUUAUUGCAGAAGAGGCUGGCUGUUCUCAGAGCUCUGUGUCCAAACACAUUAAUAGAGAGGCAAAGGGAAGGAAAAACUGUGGUCAGAAAAAGUGUACAAGCGAUAGGGAUCACCGCGCCCUAGUCAAGAUUGUGAAAAAAAAAACCAUUGAAAAAUGUGGGGGAGAUUCACAAGGAGUGGACAGCUGCUGGAGUCAGGGCUUCAAGAUCCACCACCAAGAGACGCUUGAAAGACAUGGGUUUCAACUGCCGCAUACCUCGUGUCAAGCCACUGUUGACCAAGAAACAGCGCGAAAAGCGUCUCACCUGGGCUAAGGAAAAAAAGAGCUGGACUGCUGCUGAGUGGUCUAAAGUCAUGUUUUCUGACGAAAGCAAAUUUUGCAUUUCCUUUGGAAAUCGAGGUCCCAGAGUCUGGAGGAAGACAGGAGAGGCACAGGAUCCACGUUGCCUGAAGUCUAGUGUAAAGUUUCCACCAUCAGUGAUGGUUUGGGGUGCCAUGUCAUCUGCUGGUGUCGGUCCACUCUGUUUCCUGAGAUCAAGGGUCAACGCAGCCGUCUACCAGCAAGUUUUAGAGCACUUCAUGCUUCCUGCUGCUGACCUGCUCUAUGGAGAUGGAGAUUUCAGGUUCCAACAGGACUUGGCGCCUGCACACAGCGCAAAAUCUACCCGUGCCUGGUUUACGGACCAUGGUAUUUAUGUUCUAAAUUGGCCAGCCAACUCCCCUGACCUUAGCCCCAUAGAAAAUCUGUGGGGUAUUGUGAAAAGGAAGAUGCAGAAUGCCAGACCCAACAACGCAGAAGAGUUGAAGGCCACUAUCAGAGCAACCUGGGCUCUCAUAACACCUGAGCAGUGCCAGAAACUCAUCGACUCCAUGCCACGCCGCAUUAAUGCAGUAAUUGAGGCAAAAGGAGCUCCAACCAAGUAUUGAGUAUUGUACAUGCUCAUAUUUUUCAUUUUCAUACUUUUCAGUUGGCCAACAUUUCUAAAAAAUCCCUUUUUUGUAUUAGCCUUAAGUAAUAUUCUAAUUUUGUGACACACGGAAUUUUGGAUUUUCAUUUGUUGCCACUUCAAAUCAUCAAAAUUAAAUGAAAUAAACAUUUGAAUGCAUCAGUCUGUGUGCAAUGAAUAAAUAUAAUGUACAAGUUACACCUUUUGAAUGCAAUUACUGAAACAAAUCAAGUUUUUCAAAAUAUUCUAAUUUACUGACUUUUACCUGUAUAUGGACAAGCAAUGACAGAGCGGCAUGGACUAAGAUACAGAAGAAUAUUAUAGAAUAGAUGCAGUAUAUAUAUAUGAGAUGAGUAGUGCAAGAUAUGUAAACAUUAUUAAAGUGACUAGUGUUCCAUUUCUUAAAGUGGCCAGUGAUUUCAAUAGACAGCAGCAGCCUCUAAUGUGCUAGUGAUGGCUAUUUAACAGUCUGAUGGCCUUGAGAUAGAAGCUGUUUUUCUCUCGGCCCCAGCUUUGAUGCACCUGUACUGACCUCGCCUUCUGGAUGAUAGCGGGGUGAACAGGCAGUGGCUCGGGUGGUUGAUGUCUUGAUGAUCAAGUUACCGUACCAGGCGGUGAUACAGCCCGACAGGAUGCUCUCAAUUGUGCAUCUGUAACAGUUUGUGAGGGUUUUAGGUGAUAAGCCAACUUUCUUCAGCCUCCUGAGGUUGGGGAGGCUCUGUUGUCCUUCUUCACCACACUGUCUGUGUGGGUGGACCAUUUCAGUUUGUCGGUGAUGUAAAGCCAAGGAACUUGAAGCUUUCCACCUUCUCCACUGCGGUCUCGUCGAUGUGGAUAGGGUGGUGCACCCUCUGCUGUUUCCUGAAGUCCACAAUCAUCUCCUUUGUUUUGUUGAUGUUGAGUGAGAGGUUAUUUUCCUGGCACCAUAUAGUCAUUGGCAGGAGGUUAGGAAGUGCAGCUCAGUUUCCACCUCAUCUUGUGGGCAGUGGGCAUGUAGCCUGUCGUCGAGAGAGUCAAGUCUGCCUAUGGUGGCCUCUGUCAAUAGCAAGGCUAUGCUAUCUACAUAGUCAAAGCUUUCCUUAAUUGUGGGUCAGUCACAGUGGUCAGGUAUUCUGCCACUGUGUACUCUCUGUUUAGGGCCAAAUAGCAUUCUAGUUUGCUUUGUUUUUUGGUUAGUGUCAAGUAAUUAUCUUUUUUGUUUCUCAUGAUUUGGCUGGGUUGAAUUGUGUUGCUGUCCUGGGGCUCUGUGGGGUCUGUUUGUGUUUGUGAACAGAGCCCCAGGACCAGCUUGCUUAGGGGACUCUUCUCUAGGUUAAUCUCUCUGUACGUGAUGGCUUUGUUAUGGAAGGUCUGGUAAUCGCUUAACGGCUCUUUUCUGGAUUUUUAUAAUUAGCUGGUAUCAUCCUAAUUCUGCUCUUCAUGCAUUAUUUGGUGUUUUACGUUGUACACUGAGGGCAUAUUUUCAGAAUUCUGCAGUCUCAAUUUGUUUUUUCUCCAAUUCUGUGAAUACUUGGUUGGUAUUCAGACCCCAGACCUCACAAUUUUAGAGGAUAAUGGGUCCUAUAUCUCAUUUAAGUAUUUUUUGCCAGAUCCUAAUUGGGAUGUCAAAUUGUAUGUUCCUUUUGAUGGCGUAGAUGGCCCUUCUUACCUUGUCUCUCAGAUUGUUCACAGCUUUAUGGAAGUUACCUGUGGUGCUGAUGUUUAGGCCAAGGUAGGUAUUAGAGGUGUUAUACUCCUCAUACUCGUAUUCAUAAUCCUAUCCGUUUUAUUACACUUGAUACUCGUAAUCAGAUUUACUUGUAAUCGGAAAACCCGGAAGUGCGCUUUAAAGUCCGGUAAAGCCUAUACCUCAAGUGCACAUUACUGCGCGAUCACUCAGAGCGCAUCUCAGAGUGCAUUGUUAUGUUCCUUCACUCAUUCACACAUUGUGUUCAAAGGUAAACGACCCCCGACAGAUGAAAAUGCACAUGAUUUACUUACCUAGUCCUAUUCAAUUAUCAAUGAAAUAGCCUAAUAUAUGGCUGGUAGAUGAAGGUAGGCUAAUUCACUUGCCCCAUCUAUUGUUUCACUUUCGAGAGGAGCAAAACUUAUCUCCCGACACUUAUGCCUCAACAUUUGUGCAAUCAAACAAUCUAGAUUUGUCAUUUUAAUUUCUAAUGACCUGUCGCUCGGUAAACAUGCCUGGGGGAGAAUAAAUUGUCAUAGCAAGCAAGCAUGGGCUUGGAUCACGACAUAACAACAGACUUCGUCAGCAAUGGAAUAAUUACAAAGACAGACAAAGUAGGCCUACUAAACAAUUCCAAGUAGACAGACAAAAACAACCAUAUGGCCUCAGCAAAGUCAACAGGAAUUUACUAGAUUGAACAACAAUGACUAGCUAUGGAUUCUGAUUCAUACACAAUGUAUGGAGAAGGGAACACUUGUGCCCUGAGGCGAGUGACUGUGAAUGAGUGAAACAGAGCCGCGCUUGUCUGUCUGGGCAAAUGAGAGCAGAGGGAGUGCGGCUUGUUCUAAUCCAAUCGUUGCAGCAGGCUCAACCGAUAACCUGCCCGUUUCUUUAAAGACAGAUGAACUAGCCAAUAGUUGUUUAGCGCACACAGCGUUUCAAUCUCUUUGAGUGAAAGAGAGAUGCGUGCUGACAGCUGAACAUUUCUUUUUUCGAUAAGGAAUAAUUACAGGAAAUACUUGUCACAAUCGUAUCCGAAUAUUCUCCAUAUCCGUUACGAUACUUGUUCUGUCUGAGUACUCGGCACACCCAUAGUAGGUAUAGUUUUUUGUGUGCUAUAGGGCAACGGUGUCUAGAUGGAAUUUGUAAACUAAAUUAGUAAACUUUCCUGAACCAACACUUCCACUUCUAGCUCUGACUUUGCUAAUAACUACUUUAUUGAGGAAGGGUGUACUUACUAUGCCUGUGAUAUGUGGUUGUCCCACCUAGCUAUCUUACAUUUACAUUUUAGUCAUUUAGCAGACACUCUUAUCCAGAGCGACUUACAGGAGCAAUUAGGGUUAAGUGCCUUGCUCAAGGGCACAUCGACAGAUUUUUCACCUAGUCGGCUUGGGGAUUAGAACCAGCAACCUUUCAGUUACUGGCACAAAGCUCUUAACCACUAAACUACCUGCCAUUCCUAAGAUGAAUGCACUAACUGUAGGUCGCUCUGGAUAAGUGCGUCUACUAAAUGACUAAAAUGUAAAAUGUAAAAAUGUAUUUGUGGUCCUGGCAACUGGACAUUUUUUGGAACACCAUUAUUUUGGUCUUACUGAGAUUCACUUUCAGGGCCCAGGUCUAGCAAAAUCUGUGUAGAAGACCUAGGUGUUGCUGUAGGCCCUCCUUGGUUGGGGACAGAAGCACCAGAUCAUCAUCAAACAGAAGACAUUUGACUUUAAAUUCUAGUAGGUUGAGGCCAGGUGCUGCAGACUGUUCUAGUGCCCUCGCCAAUUUGUUGAUAUACGUAUAUGUUGAAGAGGGUGGGGCUCAAGCUGCAUCCCUGUCUCACCCAAUGGCCCUGAGGAUAGAAAUAUAUGUGUUUUUUGCCAAUUUUAACCACUUUCCAUCAAUUUAUACAGCAGACCCUCAUGCCAAAUUGAGUCAAAAAUCAACAAAGCAUGAGAAGACUGUGCUUUUGUUUUGUUUUGUUUGUUUGUCAAUUUGAGUGUGCAGGCUGAAUACGUGGUCUGUCAUACGAUAAUUUGGUAAAAAGCCAUUUUGACAUUUGCUCCGGACAUUGUUUUCACUGAGGAAGUGUAGGAGUCUGCUCUUAAUGAUAAUGCAGAUGAUUUUCCCAGGGUUGCUGUUGACGUAUAUCCCACGGUAGUUAUUGGGGUGGAAUUUCUCUCCACUUCUGUGGAUUGGAAUGAUCAGUCCUUGUUUCCAAAUAUUGGGGAAUAUACAGUGGGGGAAAAAAAGUAUUUAGUCAGCCACCAAUUGUGCAAGUUCUCCCACUUAAAAAGAUGAGAGAGGCCUGUAAUUUUCAUCAUAGGUACACGUCAACUAUGAGAGACAAAUGAGGAAAAAAAAUCCAGAAAAUCACAUUGUAGGAUUUUUAAUGAAUUUAUUUGCAAAUUAUGGUGGAAAAUAAGUAUUUAAGUAUUUGGUCACCUACAAACAAGCAAGAUUUCUGGCUCUCACAGACCUGUAACUUCUUCUUUAAGAGGCUCCUCUGUCCUCCACUCGUUACCUGUAUUAAUGGCACCUGUUUGAACUUGUUAUCAGUAUAAAAGACACCUGUCCACAACCUCAAACAGUCACACUCCAAACUCCACUAUGGCCAAGACCAAAGAGCUGUCAAAGGACACCAGAAACAAAAUUGUAGACCUGCACCAGGCUGGGAAGACUGAAUCUGCAAUAGGUAAGCAGCUUGGUUUGAAGAAAUCAACUGUGGGAGCAAUUAUUAGGAAAUGGAAGACAUACAAGACCACUGAUAAUCUCCCUCGAUCUGGGGCUCCACACAAGAUCUCACCCCGUGGGGUCAAAAUGAUCACAAGAACGGUGAGCGAAAAUCCCAGAACCACACGGGGGGACCUAGUGAAUGACCUGCAGAGAGCUGGGACCAAAGUAACAAAGCCUACCAUCAGUAACACACUACGCCGCCAGGGACUCAAAUCCUGCAGUGCCAGACGUGUCCCCCUGCUUAAGCCAGUACAUGUCCAGGCCCGUCUGAAGUUUGCUAGAGUGCAUUUGGAUGAUCCAGAAGAGGAUUGGGAGAAUGUCAUAUGGUCAGAUGAAACCAAAAUAGAACAUUUUGGUAAAAACUCAACUCGUCGUGUUUGGAGGACAAAGAAUGCUGAGUUGCAUCCAAAGAACACCAUACCUACUGUGAAGCAUGGGGGUGGAAACAUCAUGCUUUGGGGCUGUUUUUCUGCAAAGGGACCAGGACGACUGAUCCGUGUAAAGGAAAGAAUGAAUGGGGCCAUGUAUCAUGAGAUUUUGAGUGAAAACCUCCUUCCAUCAGCAAGGGCAUUGAAGAUGAAACGUGGCUGGGUCUUUCAGCAUGACAAUGAUCCCAAACACACCGCCCGGGCAACGAAGGAGUGGCUUCGUAAGAAGCAUUUCAAGGUCCUGGAGUGGCCUAGCCAGUCUCCAGAUCUCAACCCCAUAGAAAAUCUUUGGAGGGAGUUGAAAGUCCGUGUUGCCCAGCGACAGCCCCAAAACAUCACUGCUCUAGAGGAGAUCUGCAUGGAGGAAUGGGCCAAAAUACCAGCAACAGUGUGUGAAAACCUUGUGAAGACUUACAGAAAACGUUUGACCUGUGUCAUUGCCAACAAAGGGUAUAUAACAAAGUAUUGAGAAACUUUUUGAUAUUGACCAAAUACUUAUUUUCCACCAUAAUUUGCAAAUAAAUUCAUAAAAAAUCCUACAAUGUGAUUUUCUGGAUUUUUUUUCCUCAUUUUGUCUGUCAUAGUUGACGUGUACCUAUGAAGAAAAUUACAGGCCUCUCUCAUUUUUUUAAGUGGGAGAACUUGCACAAUUGGUGGCUGACUAAAUACUUUUUUCCCCCACUGUACCAGAGCUGAGAAUGAUGUCAAAGAGUUUAAGUAUAGCCAAUUGGAUUUUGUGGUCUGUAUAUUUUAUCAUUUCAUUUAGGAUGGCAUCAGCACCACAGGCCUUUUGGGUUGGAUGGUUUGAAUUUUGUCCUGUAGUUCAUUCAAUGUACUUGGAGAAUCCAGUGGGUUCUGGUAGUCUUUAAUAGCUGAUUCUAAGAUUUGUAAUUGAUCAUGUAUACAGUAUGUUUUUGCUGUUUGUUCUUUGUUAUAGGGCCAAAAAGAUUGGAGAAGUGGUUUAUCCAUGCAUCUCAAUUUUGAAUUGAUAGCUGUUCAUGUUGUUUUUUGUUUGGUGUGUUCCAAUUGUCCCAGAAGUGGUUAGAUUCUAUGGAUUCUUCAAUUACAUUGUGCUGAUUUCAGAUGUGCUGUUCCUUCUUUUUUCUUAGCGUAUUUCUGUACUGUUUUAGUAUUUCACCAUAGUGAAGGCGUAGGCUUAGGUUUUCUUGUCUCUGUGUUCUUGGUUGGAUAGGUCCCCCGCCCCUCUCUCUCUCUCCCUCUCUUUCUACCCUACACAGUAAAGUAUUCUGUCUGGAUAGGCCCUUCACUAUAAAGCACUCAGACUGAACAAAGAAAGAGAAAGUGUAUUAGGGUGCGAGUUGAGCCAGUGAGUCCAAUGGGAGUCUGAUUGAUAGUCUCUGAACCACAGUAUGCACGAGUGGGUGUGUGUGUGUGCAUUUAUUUUUUAAAGAAAUGCAGUCUUGCCUGUGAGGUGGGGGCGGCAAACCAAAUCUCGCUUAGAGCCCCCGAAAGGCUAGAGGUGGCCGUGUGUGUCUGUGGGUGGGUGUCUGUGUGUGUCUGUGUGUGGAUGUCUGUGUGUGUCUGUGUGUGUGCGCUCGUGCAUGCGUCCGUGUGUGUGAGUGAGUGAGCCUGAUUGAUAGUCUAUGGACCACAUGGUGGACUUGGGGCAUUCAUAUGUUUGACCUCUCCAUCUAUCAGCAGUGAAAUACUCAGGAAUGCGCUGUUCUGUGAAGGGAGUAGUACACAGCGUUGUAAGAGAUCUUUAAUCAGGACAACAGUUUUCAGCUGUGCUAACAUAAUUGCAAAAAGGUUUUCUAAAGAUCAAUUAGCCUUUUAAAAUGAUAAACUUGGAUUAGUAAACACAACGUGCCAUUGGAACACAGGACUGAUGGUUGCUGAUAAUGAGCCUCUGUACACCUAUGUAGAUAUUCCAUUAAAAAUCAGCAGUUUCCAGCUACAAUAGCCAUUUACAACAUUAACAAUGUCUACACUAUUUCAAUUUGAUGUUAUUUUAAUGGACAAGAAAAUUGCUUUUCUUUUGAAAACAAGGACAUUUCUAAGUGACCCCAAACUUUUGAACGUUAGUGUACAUUUAAUAUAGCCAAUCAAUAAACAAACCCAAAUCAAUUCGCAUUCAUUCAAAACAGGGGUUUUAUGUGGCUGUAGUACUAAGGCUGAGGCUAUUGCAUGACAUGGCAUGCAAAGCUUGGUUGAUAUGUACAACCGUGUGUUCCUGGUGUUAGCUGAUACAUUGUUCCUUUACUCUUUGAAUUCUGGUAGAACAUGGUUGAGUUGUGCAUUAAUAAAACACACUGGUAUCAGAGCCACUUAGCUAAAGGAUGCUCUUUAAAUGCUAAUAAUGUAAUGACACCCUUGCCCCUAUAUAAUGUACACUAAACGGAGAAUAUGGUUAAUAUGGACACAUAGCCCUAUAAGAAAGUUGCCUUUGGCUGUAGUGUAGAGGUUCAGCAUAAUGCACAUUACUUGGAGUGCACAAUAUAGAGAUUAGGGUAUCAUUAUGGACUGAAAGGUCAGCCUGGUUGCUCAAGAGCCACUUAGAAAUCUGACGUCUGUCCAUGUACCCAGCACGUGGGCAGAUGCCUUCAAAACCGGCCACUAGGGGCAACGGUGAGCACUAUUCCCAUCAAGUAGCUUGGGUUUUGCAAGAGCAUUGUGGACGAGGGUGGCAGAUAGGCCGUGAGCUCCGGCACCGACGGUCGCGUGUUCAAUCCCAGUGAUAGGCAGUAGUUUUUGUUGUUUUUGUUUUAACCUUAUCCCGAACCAUAACCCUUAACUUAACCAUUAGGAAUUAAUAGCUAAACUUAACCAGCAGCGAGGCACCGGUGACAGCAGUUGUGCAACCCGGGGUGCUGCUUUUAUUUUUCUUAUUUAUUUAACCGUUAUUUAACUAGGCAAGUCAAUUAGGAACAUCAGUAGGUGUCCAAAACACCUAGAAAUGUGAUGUUUCGUGCAACUUCAAAAUUUGACGUUUGGAGAAAUUUGGAUAAACUUCAGAAUCUGAAGUAAAAUUUGUCAAACCAUGAAAUCUUUUUGGGAAGUAGCCUUAUUAGAAAGUAGCCUAUAGCAGUGUAUGGUCAGCAUAAUACACACUACUUGUAGUGCACUAUAUGGAGCAUAGGAUAGCAUUAAAAAGCAGCCUAAAGCUGUGUGUGGUCAGCAUAAUGUACACUAUAAGGGGAAUUUAGUGUUGUGGACGCAGCCAUAUUAUCUUAUUAGAAAGUAGCCUAUAGCGAUGGGGUUUAAAGCAACACAGUGCUAUAGCUCAUUUAGGUUUUAAUGAGACUGGACUGACCCUGGGGACGCUUGGCCUUUAAAAUGACCUCUGUCCUUAGACCUUCUCCCUUUACCGCUGGGGUGUGUGUGUGUAUGUGUGUGUGUGUGUGUGUGUGUGUGUGUGUGUGUGUACGUGCGGAGCAGAGCUCUGGUCCCCUACAGCAACACUCGUGUUUUAUAAUCUGACCUCUGACCUCUCACUCCCACCCACUUUCUUCCUUCCCUCUCCUUUCUUCUCUAUAUUUCUCCUUCUGUCUCUCUCUCCCCCCUCUUUCUCGCUCCUCCGCCCUCUUCUCCUCUCCUCUCCUCUCCCCCCUCUCUCCUCCUCUCCAGAAACUGCACGUGUUUAGGAAGACGUUACAGGCGUUGAUCUAUCCCAUCUCGUCUACGACGCCUCAUAACUUUGAGGUGUGGACGGCCACCGCCCCGACCUACUGCCAUGAGUGUGAGGGCCUGCUGUGGGGCAUCGCCAGGCAGGGCAUGCGCUGCUCCGAGUGUGGUGUCAAAUGCCACGAGAAGUGUCAGGAUCUACUCAACGCCGACUGUCUACAGAGUAAGGAAAUACACACACACACACACAGGGUCGCACUCCCACACACACAGGCUCACACCCACACACACAGGCUCGAACUCCCACUUGCACACACACACAUAGGCUUGUACUCACACUCGCACGCACACACACACAGGCUCGCACGCACACACACACAGGCUCACACACACACACACACACACACACACAGAAUAUGCAUUCAUAUGGGUUACAGAUUCAAAGCAACAAUGGGAGAGUUCUAUCUUCCUUUAGUUGCAAUUUCUUCACAUAAUAUUUACAAUGGGAGCUAUGUGAGCACUGUCCACUGUCCUGUGGGGCUGAACUUCAGAAUCCAGAUUAUGUUGCUGUCCACUUCAGCUUGUUUGUUUACUGCAGCACCAUUGGACAUUUUACUCCAUAUAGCAUACACCAGAUGCCGUGUGUGUGUGCAUGCAUGUGUGUGCAUGUGUGUGUGUGUAUGUUGUAUCCAGCUGUUGUCUCCAGCCUUACAGGGAGGGUGUCUCCUCUGGCUCUCAGUAUGACAUUAUUCUCUGCCUCCCAGCCUGCUUUGAAGUGUAGCUAGCUCUGAAACGUGUUUGUGUUUGGACUUAAACACACACACAUCCUCUCCAUCUUGUUAGGGUAAUGUUUAUUUAAACUGGUUCCUUCCAUUCUACAGUAGCAGGUCAUGUUUUGGGUAGUAUCUAGAGGUUUAUCCUAGUGUGUUUUGAUUGGAUGACAGUAGACGUGUGACACGUUAGCCCCAGGACCGUCGUCACUCUCUGUAACUGGAUUAGCUACACUCUGAAUGAUAGAACACUCUGAUUGCUUCCCAAAUGGCACCCUAUUCCCUAUAUAGUGCACUACUUUUAGUAGUGCACUAUAUAGGGAAAAUAGUGUAAUUUGGUACGCAUACAUAGUGUUUUAUUCAAAUGAUGAUUCAUGUUUAAUUUGAUCUCAAUCGCAGUUCAUGACCUCGCCAAAGAUGACAGGCGAGAUAACUCGAUUAGAGGAGGAGAGAAAAAGAGAGAGAGGGGAGAGAGGGGAGAGGGAGGGUCCAAAAAAAGCAUGAGCAGAAAGCAGAACUGUGUGUUUGAGAGAGAGGCCGUAGCCAAAGGCUUUAUAACCCCCACCCCCUACUCACCCACACAAACACACAGAGUAAGUGAGGGGACAAAGGAUGCUUCUAAGUGUGUUCUAAGCACAGCCAAUAUUUGUAACAUUCUCCUCCUACAACAACUGCUUCCCAUUGUGUUCUAGGGACAAGAUACCCAAAAUAGAAAGGUAGAGAGAGAAAGAUAGAGAAAGAUAGAGUCCAGAAAGAGCAGGGGAGAAAGUUAUCUGUGUGUUUGAUAGAUGGGCCUGAGGAAAUCUAAGGGCGGUGGACAAGAGUUGUAAGCACGAUGCUGUAUCCUAAUGUGUAAUGGUGUGUGUGUCUGUUUUCCUGUUUGUGUGUGGUGUUCUAGGGGCGGUGGAGAAGAGUUCUAAGCACGGCGCUGAGGACAAGACCCUGAACAUCAUCAUGGCCAUGAAGGAGAGGAUGAAGAUCAGGGAGAAGAACCGGCCUGAGGUGUUUGAGGUCAUCCAGGAGAUGUUUGGGAUCUCUAAAGAGGACUUUACUGGACACCUGAAGACCGCCAAGCAAGCAGUGCUGGAGGGAACCUCCAAGUGGUCUGCCAAGAUCAACAUCACAGGUUAGUAGUACCAACACUAAGAACUGAGCCCUAGCCCCUAGCCAAGCAGGCUAUACUGGAGGGAACCUCCAAGUGGUCCGCCAAGGUCAACAUCACAUCUUAGCACAAUCACAAUCACUGAGGCCUAGUGCUGGGAAGGUUUGCUGGACUAUAAUAAAUGGUUUCAGAUCCUCUUGAGCAAGGCACAUAGCUGGAAGGGCACUGCACAACUGUGGCUGAUCCUAUGCUCCGCCUGAUUGGUGGUGUGUGUGUGUGUGUGUGUGUGUGUGUGUGUGUGUGUGUGUGUGUGUGUGUCUCUGUGUGUGUAUUAUCUGACGGGGGUGAGAACAGAGCAUACAGAUCCUCUGGGCUAAAUUAGACCAGAUUGGGCUGAGCUGAGCUGUAUUAUUGCCCAUAUAGCAUUCCUGCCGUUCCUUGUGUGUCAAUCAAUCCCCAAGAGACAGAGACGGAGAGAAAAACUGCCUCCCGCUCCCAUGUAUCUCUCUGGCCUUAUCGAACGUCCCAUUUUAGAACCGACUUAUUGACUCUUUAUCUAUGUAUUAUUCAUUUGAUAAACACAGACACACAUUGAUUGUGUAGAACUUUGGCGGUAGAUAGAUAGGCAGCUGUGAGAUGUGAAUGUUCUGCAUCAGCUAACUGGUGGUCCUCUGUAGCUCAGCUGGUAGAGCACGGCGCUUGUAACGCCAGGUUAGUGGGUUCGAUCCCCGGGACCACCCAUACACAAAAAUGUAUGCACGCAUGACUGUAAGUCGCUUUGGAUAAAAGCAUCUGCUAAAAGGCAUAUUAUAUUAUAUUAUUACUAACUGCUACAUCCCAGCCCUGGAUCAGUGGAUUUGUUUAGACUGCUAUAGGAAGGAGAAAUUCGGUAUACUUAAUAAACUCCCUCUCUCCAUCACUCCUUUUUUCCAUCAUUACCCCUCUCUCUCUCACCUUCUCCCGUUCCCUCUCUCCCCUCCCCACGCUCCCUCUCUCCCCCUCUCUCUUUCUCUUUCUCUCUCUCUAUCCAUCUCUCCCCCUCUCUCUCUCAUUUUCUCUCCAUCACUCAGCUCUGUAGUUGCGGUACAUUAUACUACAUUAUACAAAGCCUAACAUAGACAUCAGCCGUUCUCUGCCUCUUACUAAAUGUUCCACCUCUCUCUACCCCUCCCUCUCCCUUUCCACAUCACUCUCUCUCUGCUCUUCCUCUCUCUCUCUCUCUCUCUCUCUCUCUCUCUCUCUCUCUCUCUCUCCCCUUUCUCCCUUUUCACUCUGUCUCUGCCAUCACUUCCCUAUCUCUGUCUAUCCCCUGUAUUCCCUCGCUCUCCCCCUCUCAUCCCCCCCCCCCCCCUCUCUCAUUUUAUUGUAUUUCCUUGCUGCUGGGGGCAACACAAGGCUGUAGCUUCUCAUUUGUGGUGUCUUUGAGAGCCCGGCCCACCAGUCUCUGUCAGUGAGGGGAGAGGGGCUGGCUGGGGGAGUUAUAUACCAUGAAUAAUACAGAGUAUCACUCAUACAUAUUUAAUGCACAGUGUCCUUUUACCUUUUAUGGGCCUGGGAAAUACUACUUCCUCUCUGAGAUGGACGGUUAAGGGUGUGUGGGGGGAGCGUGUCACUGUUGAUGUGGGUGCGUUGAGAGGAGUCAGACGCAGGACGCAUAAGCUAAGUCAAACAAGACUUUACUAGAUGUACAACCAGUACAAGAUAAAGUACCUCUAACGAGGAGGCAAAACGACAACGCAACACAGUGCGUUACAAUAACAAUCCCAGAGUACUGCACAGGAUACCACCAACAGACAGGAAAUAAAAUAACACACAACUAACGAACACAACCACAGGAAACUUAUAAGGCACAUAAUCAAGACCAAACGGACACAGGUGUAACAGACAGACCAAACCAAACGAACAUCGAAACAUUCAACGGUGGCAGCUAGUACUCCGGGGACGACGACCGCCGAAGCCUGCCCUAAACAAGGAGGAGGAGCAGCCUCGGCAGAUUCCGUGACAGAGCGGUUAAGGGGGUAUAGGUUGUGUGUCUGUGUUGGUGUAGGGGUGUGUGUGUGUCUCAUCUAUAGCCUGGGAAGACAAAUAGUAUCUGCAAGAGUAGCUAACCUAAUAUUUUGUCUUUCAACAAGUUGUUGUUGUUGCUAUAGUCUGGCUAGGGCAAUUCAAGUUAAAGAUGCACUCCGGAAUCUUAAGCACAACAAAUUUGUAACAUAUUGUACAAAUUGGAUUUGCAACAUAUCAUACGAAUUGCAAAAGUCUUAAAGCUGUAAUGUGUAACUUUUUGGGCGACCUGACCAAAUUCACAUAGAAAUGUGAGUUAUAGAUCUGUCAUUCUUAUUGACAGCAAAUCUAAGACGCAGUAGAUCUGUUCCAUGUGCGCUAUUUCUAUGCUUCCUGUUUUAAGUUUCGUUUUUGCGUCUUUUACUAUUGGUUUUGUACACCAGCAUCAAACAGCUGAAAAUACAAUAUUUUGGGUUAUUGAAAAUAUAUUUCACAAAGAUUUAGAUUGUGCAAUGAUUCUCUACACUAUACACUGAGUGUACAAAACAUUAGGAAUACCUUCCUAAUGUUGAGUUGCACACCCUUUUGCCUUCAGAACAGCCUCAAUUCAUAGGGGCAUGGACUCUACAAGGUGUCGAAAGCGUUUCACAGGGAUGCUGGCCCAUGUUGUCCCCAAAGCUUCCCACAGUUGUGUCAAGUUGGUUGGAUGUCCUUUGGGUGGUGAACCAUUCUUGAUACACACAGGAAACGGUUGAGCGUGAAAAACCCAGCAGCAUUGCAGUUCUUGACACACUCAAACCAGUGCGCCUGGCACCUACUACCAUACCCCGUUCAAAGGCACAAAUAUUUUUUCUUGCCCAUUCACCCUCUGAAUGGCACACAUGCACAAUCCAAUUAGCUCAAUGCUUAAAAAUCCUUCUUUAACCUGUCUCCUCCCCUUCAUCUACACUGAUUGAAGAGGAUUUAACAAGUGACAUCAAUAAGGGAUCAUAGCUUUCAACUUGAUUCACCUUUUCAGUCUAUGUCUUGGAAAGAGCAGAGCUGUGUUCAAAUACCCAUACUAACAUACUGUAUACUACAUACUUAAUGAGUAUAUACUGCAUCCUAUUAGUUCAUUUUAGUAUACUGUAAACGAACGGUAUCGUUUCAGUUGAGCGUCCUAGCGCUUCGCCUGUCUACCGGAAGUUGAUGCUGUUGCUAUGCAACCUGUUGCUAGCUUGUUAGCAUAACAAAUGACUAGCUAUACAUUUUACGUUUUCGGGUGUGUUCGUAAAUUUAAUCUGGAGUGCCAGAGCCAGAUCUGGAAAUCCAGAGCGUUCAGAGCGCAGACUGGACGCUCUGGCGGAAGAGUAGGGUUGAUCCGAGCGUUCAACGGCUGUCAAGCACCCAAGCUAACUGGCUAACGUUGGCUAGCUACUUCCAGACACAAAUGAGAGAACACCUCACUCAGACCGUUUUACUCGCCAUAGUAGAGCUGGUUAUCCAGAGCGUUGGUGACUGUAGCUGGCAACAAUUUAAUAACGCUUUUUUUUGCCAACGUUUACUGACACCGGCCAUAUAUUCAACGGGUGUUAAGCAUUCGUAAAUUCAUCAGUUAUUCUGCGCUCUGGCACUUUCAGACGAGCAUGCUCUGAAAUCGGAGUAGAUAGACAGAAUUAACAAUGUCCAUUGAAACGCACAACAACUAUACCACUUAGCUAAGAAUGAUGUGAAUAAUCAAGUCAAUAAACGUUGGGUAGUUAGUUAGAUAGCAGAUAGAUAAUAUACUGCCUGGAAAGUUUGAUGUAUUAGUAACCAACUAACGUUAGGUAACUAGCUAACAUACCGGUACAUACUGCUGUAAUGCUAUGCGGUUCGUAAGGAUAGUUUAGCUAACAAAUUGUCAGCCAAUGUAACUUAUCUGAAAAGUCACUACUUUAUUACAUUGCUCAACAUUUUCUUCAUAAUUAGUUAAAGCAAUUAAUUUGUAUCCGCUCUCGUCAGACUUACCCUGCAUAUUUUCCGCCAUUUUCUUCUAAUCUGAAAACGUUGUGGAGCCACGCCCCUUUUCGGAAGAAUUGCAUUUUCCGUGCCCUAAAAUUACGGAAAGAGUGUCCACUGCUUGUAUACUUAGUAUUUUGGCGAAUUUAGUAUGACAUCUGGGAACUUUUGGCUUACUAAAUAUAUCCAUACUAUGACCAAUAGGCAUACUAUUUACUCAAUUCACAUCACAAAUACUACGGUUAGUGCAGUUAGUAUGAGUAUUCGAACACAGCUCAGGUGUUCCUAAUGUUUAUUUAUUUAUUUUUAUUCAUGAGAAUUCACUACAAAGCUGUAUAUUCCAUAUUUGCUUGUUUUGUAACAAUUGCUUGUUUUGUCACAUAAACUUAGGUAAACUAUUAGAAUUUUAGUAACCAGGAAAUGGCGGAGCGAUUUCUGCAUAUGGCACCUUUAACAUAUCACACGAAAUGGAUGGCAUAGUACACCAUAAACGGAGACCUGUUUUGGCUCGUGAGCACCACUUUCAAAACUGCUGGCUGAAAUUAUACAAAUCUUUAAGAGUGCAUCUUUAAGUGCUGUAUCUUAAAUAAGACAUAAAAAAAACUAAAGUGCACUUCUUUUUUCAUACUAACACUGACUUUGCUGAUAACUUCUUUAUUGAGGAAAAAUGUAUUUACUAAGACUCUGAUAUGUGGUUGUCAUAACAAGCUAUCUUAAGAUGAACAUAAGUCACUCUGGAUAAGAACGUCUGAUAAAUGACAAAAAUAAUUGUAAAAACAUUUAAAUGUAAUGUGUGUGUGUUCGUGCAUGGGCGUGUACGAUGGUGGUGGACUGGUCUCUCUUGGGUAUCUGUCUGUUGGCGAAGCAGAUAUUCACUGCUUCACCAACAGACAGAUUGGCUAUACUGGAGACACGUUUACAUGGUUAUGGCACCUAUACAUAAGACAUAAGGCUCAUACUAGUUUAUAGCAGGUAAUACAGCAUUACACCUGCAGGCUAUAAGUGUUACAUACGUUUUAAUAUGUAUAUUAUACUGUAUAUUAGUGCUGGGCUGGAACAAAAGCCUCUUAAGUCUUACUGUUGUUAUUUCUGUGUCUCUCCUGUCUCCCCGUGCCUCCCCCUGUCUUCCCCCUGUCUCCUCCUGCCUCCCCCUGUCUCCUCCUGCCUCCCCCUGUCUCCCCUUGUGUUCCCCUACCUCCCCGUCUUCCCCUGCCUUCCUCUGUCUUCCCCUGUCUUCCCCUGCCUCCCCCUGUCUUCCACUGUCUCCCCUGUCUCCCCUUGCCUUCCCCUGCCUCCCCCUGUCUUCCCGUGCCUUCCCUUGUCUUCCCCUGUCUUCCCCUGCCUUCCUCUGUCUUCCCCUGUCUUCCCCUGCCUCCCCCUGUCUUCCACUGUCUCCCCUGUCUCCCCUUGCCUUCCCCUGCCUCCCCCUGUCUUCCCGUGCCUUCCCAUGUCUUCCUCUGUCUCCCCCUGCCUUCCCCUGUCUUCCCCUGCAUCCCCCUGUCUUCCCCUCUCUUCCUCUGUCUUCCCCUGUCUUCCCAUGUCUUCCUCUGUCUUCCCAUGUCUUUCCCUGUCUUCCCCUGUCUUCCUCGGUCUUCCCCUGCCUCCCUCUCCUCCCCCUGUCUCUCCCUGACUCCCCCUCUCUCCUCUCCAGUGAUGUGUGCCCAAGGUCUGCAGGCCAAGGAUAAGACAGGUUCCAGUGACCCCUACGUGACUGUCCAGGUAGGGAAGACCAAACGGCGGACCAAGACCAUCUUUGGGAACCUCAACCCUGUCUGGGACGAGAAGUUCUUCUUGUGAGUAUCAUGAACAUACAGUAUUUCACUACUACAACAUUACUACAACCUAAGCCAGUGUACUACAGACUGUAUUAUAGACGUUGUCCUGUGUGGCUUAUUCGGUAGCGCAUUGCACUUGCAACCCCAGGGAUCGUGGGUAUGAUUCCCAUACAUAAAAUAUAUGCACGCAUGACUAUAAGUCCAGGUGGUGUACAUCAAGCUGCCUCAGGCUACAGAAACAAGAUAUAAGCUCCUACCCUAUGGGCCAUUCUGGCUCAGACAAGGCUACCUUCUUAAGCUGUAAUACACAAACUUUACUGCAGCAGACAUUGUUAUCACAGACAUCUAGAACCUACAACACCAACAAAUAAGGGGAGCGGAGAGGGGAAAUAAUGAAAAUGCAUUUAAAUGAAAAAUUUGUUAUUGCCAUGAUUUUCAUCUUUAUGGAAACUCAUUUCACACCAGCUUUGUGUUUACAGUUUUGUUUGUGUUUACUGAAAGUAUUGUAAAGCUAACCCAUGUUAGCUCAGUCCCUUUUUAAAUAAACAACAACUUCUAAAAUGGAGAGGUAACUUUUGAUGAUGUGUUGUGCUGUUGUGCUGUGUAGACAUUGACCCAUGGUGGCAUUAGAGAAGGUAUUAUGGUUGAAAUCUUGCUCUCUGUGAGUCUGAACUCUGAACUCUGAACAUAAAAUUAACUGACUGAGUGGUGAUAGACUGUCAUGUUGAUUGGAAUGUUGUUCAUGUUGAUGUAAAGUGCACAGAGAACCGAGAACUAAUGGUAUUAUCUAACACCUAACACAACCUAGAACACUGGAAUAUGGCAUUCUGUAAAACAGCAGUAUAGCACAAUGAAUCACACAUCUCACAUCAACGUCAUGAGGCUUAAGGAGUCUGUUCUAAAGCCAGUACAUCCUGUUGUUGUAUAAAUGCAUCACGCAUAAGGUGAAAUAGCGCCAUUGUUCACCACAGCCACAGUUGUUAUUGUUUUUGUUUGGAUGAUAAUAGAGAAGAGGAGCAGCCAGCAUCCUGAACACAUUUUUUUGCAGUUCAUACUCUGUUUUUCUAUGGCGCGUGCAAUGAUGUGGACUAAUGUCAGAGAAAAAAGUUUGAAGUAACUUCUUAUUUUGUUGUAAUAUUGCAAACGGUGUGGUAGUUUCACCAAGUAUGGACUCAAGCUUUAAAUAGAGACAAACAUAGAUAAAGAUAAAUCAAGCACCCCAUUUCCAUAGAAACCAUAGCGCUGGCGAUUAGAAUACCUGUAUCUAGGAGACGGAGAGGCUUUGUUGGAGCUGCCUUCCACCAUGCUCUCUAUCUGCUGAUGGAGGCAAUUUGUGUGUGUGUCUGUGUGUCUGUGUGACUGUGUGUCUGUGUGCAUGUGUGUGAGUGUGUGUGUGGGUGUGCAUUUGUGUUCGUUAGAGAGACAGCCUGAUUGCAGCUACUCUCACUCUCCUCGCUCUCUUCACUCUCACACUCCUUACUCUCACUUCCUUUACUCUCACUCCCUUCACUCUCACUCCCUUCACUCUCCCCACGCUCCUCACUCUCCUCACUCUCCCCACUCCCUUCACUCUCACUUAUCUCACUCUCCCCACUCCCUUCACUCUCACUCUCCCCACUCUCCUCACUCUCCCCACUCCCUCUACUCUCACUCUCCUCACUCUCCCCACUUUCCUCACUCCCUCUACUCUCUCUCUCCCCACUCUUCCCACUCUCCCCACUCUCCUCAUUCUCCCCACUCUCCUCACUCUCGUCCACUCAUCUCACUCUCCCCACUUCUCCCCCCCUCUCCUUUACUCUCACUCUCCUCACUCUCCCCACUGUCCCCUCUCCCUUCACUCUCACUCUCCCCACUCUCCCCACUCCCUUCACUCCUACUAUCACUCUCCCCACUCCCUUCACCCUCACUCUCCCCCACUCCCUUCACUCUCCCCACUCUCCUCACUCUCCUCACUCUCCCCACUCUCCCCACUUCCUUCACUCUCACUCUCCCCACUCUCCUCACUCUCCCCACUCUACCCACUCUCCCCACUCUACGCACUCUCCCCACUCUACGCACUCUCCCCACUCUCCUCACUCUCCUCACUCUCCUCAAUCUGCUCACUCCAUUAACUCUCACGCUCCUUAAUCUUACUCUCCCCACUCAACACUCUCACUCCCUUCACUCUCUCUGUGUGUGUGUCUGUGUGUAUGUGGUAUCUAUGAAAAACCACAGAAUGAAAUGCGGAUAGAGUUACACUGCUCAUUCUUGCCUCCUGUGCAAAAAAGAGAGGGAGGGAGGAGGAGAGAGCAAGCAAGAGAGAGAGAGCAAGCAAGAGAGAGAGAGCAAGAUAGAGAGAGAGAGAGAGAGCAAGAGAGCGAGAGAGAGAGAGCAAAAGAGAGAGCAAGAGAGACAGAGAGGGAGAGACAGAGAGGGAGAGACAGAGACGGAGAGAGACAGAGAGACAGACGGAGAGACAGAGACGGAGAGACAGAGACGGAGAGACAGAGACAGAGAGGGAGAGAGGGAGAGACAGAGAGGGAGAGACAGAGAGGGAGAGACAGAGGGAGAGACAGAGAGGGAGAGAGGGAGAGACAGAGAGGGAGAGACAGAGCGACAGAGAGACAGAGAGGGAGAGACAGAGAGGGAGGGACAGAGAGGGAGAGACAGAGAGGGAGGGACAGAGAGGGAGAGACAGAGCGACAGAGAGACAGAGAGGGAGAGACAGAGAGACAGAGAGGGAGAGAGGGAGAGACAGAGAGGGAGAGACAGAGAGACAAAGAGGGAGAGGGAGAGACAGAGAGGGAGAGAGGGAGAGACAGAGAGGGAGAAACAGAGAGGGAGAGACAGAGCGACAGAGAGACAGAGAGGGAGAGACAGAGAGGGAGGGACAGAGAGGGAGAGAGGGAGGGACAGAGAGGGAGAGACAGAGCGACAGAGAGACAGAGAGGGAGAGACAGAGAGGGAGAGACAGAGAGACAAAGAGGGAGAGGGAGAGACAGAGAGGGAGAGACAGAGAGGGAGAAACAGAGAGACAGAGAGGGAGAGACAGAGACAGAGACACACACGCACUAACACACACGCACACGCAUACACACACAUCACAAACACACACACACCCCUGGGUGGGGGAACACUAUGGACAGCAGGGUUUCCUGAAGAGAUCUGGUGAGGCAGAAUGACAUCCCCCUCUCCUCUCCUUUAUCCUUAUCUCCUUCUCCUCUCAUCUGCUCUCCUCUUCUCUUCUCUCCUCUCCUCUCCUUUAUCCUCCUCUUCUCCAUCAUCCUCUUCUCUCAUCUGCUCUCCUCUUCUCUUCUCUCCUCUCCUUUAUCCUCCUCUUCUCCAUCAUCCUCUUCUCCCCUCUCCUCUCCUGCCCCCUCCUCCCCUCUCCGCUCCUGCCCCUCCCCGCUCUCCUCUCCAACCCCCUCCCCCCUCUCCUCUCCUCCCCCUCUCCUCUCCUCCCCCGUCUCCUCUCCUCUCCUGUAUCCUCCUCUCCUCUCUGGUCCUUUACUCUCCUCCAUUCUCCUCUUCUCUACUUUACUUUCCUCUUCCCCCCCUCUCCUCUCUGCUCCUCUCCCAUGUUCUCCUCUUCUCUACUUUACUUUCCUCUUCUCCUCCUCUCCUCUCCCCUGCUCUCCUCUCUCUCCUCUCCUCUCCAUCCCCCUGUCCUCUCCUUCUUCCAGGUCUUUCAUUUUCCACAUACAUCUAGAGGAGAGGACAACUCUGAAACCCCAAUGGCAACCCUAACCUAACAGCCACCCACACUAUGCCAACCCUAGCCAUAAUAUAUGACUAUGACGUGACUACACUGAGUCUCCAGGUCUGUUUGUGCUCCAGGAUAGUGUGAGGUCAUAUCAAGUUAGGUCAGAGCUGCUGUCAGUAGAUAAAACAGCUGAGCGGCUCUAGAGAGGGUGGGAGGAGAGGAGGAUGGGAGGAGAGGAGGAUGGGAGGAGGGAGGAUGGGAGGAGGGAGGAUGGGAGGAGGGAGGAUGGGAGGAGAGGAGGAUGGGAGGAGGGAGGAUGGGAGGAGGGAGGAUGGGAGGAGGGGAGGAGGGGAGGAGGGAGGAGGGAGGAUGGGAGGAGGGGAGGAGGGAGGAUGGGAGGAGGGAGGAGGGGAGGAGGGAGGAGGGAGGAGGGGAGGAGGGGAGGAGGGGAGGAGGGAGGAUGGGAGGAGGGGAGGAGGGAGGAGGGAGGAUGGGAGGAUGGGGAGGGAGGGGAGGAGGGGAGGAGGGGAGGAGGGGAGGAGGGGAGGAGGGAGGAGGGGAGGAGGAGGGAGGAGGGGAGGAGGGAGGAUGGCCACACAGCUUUUCACCUUCAAGGGCUGCUGGUAAACUAACUCUGUCCAGUGGUUGAAAACACGCUUUGGUGAUGACAUUUCACUUCCUUAUGCUAUAAAAUACAUUUUACCAAGACAAAUAUGAUUCUUCAUGUUCUGAAUCAUUCAGUGGCGUCUUUCUCUAACAUAUCAUUAACAUUAUAUCCAAAAAGUUGGAUUUCGUUACCUAAUACAUCCGAUAAUAAGCACCGAGCUCUGUUGAGGAUUUUACAUGUUGAGGAUUUUACAUGUUGAGGUGGUCGUCUGCAAAGUUGUUUCCACAGGUCGCAAAAAGACAAAUUAACACAAACUGAAUUAAACGUAAAAGGCUUUGAAAAUAAAAAGCUUGCGGUAAGCUCAGUGCUCGGUUGACAUUUCACAGAGAUACAUUUUUUUGUUGUGAGAAAUCUUUGAAAAAUAACAGUAAUUUCGCAUUAAUAUGAAAAGCGUAUACUAUAAUAUGAAAAUAUUACAUGUCAUGUCUCAAAAUCGAUAUCUAUCUUACCUCUAUUGUUUUAUGUCAAAUCAAUGAAAUUGUAUUUGUUACAUGCUUCGUAAAAAACAGGUGUAGACUAAAUGUGAAAUGCUUACUUAUGGGUCCUUUUCCAACAAUGCAGAAUUGAAGAUAAAACAAUUCAAUUAAAAAUGGAAAUAGUGACACGAGGAAUAAAUACACAGUGAAUAACUAAUAACAAUAAGUAAAAAUAACAUGACUAUAUACAGGCGAUGACAGGGGAUGUCCUCCGGAUUUGAGAAGAAAGAUGACCAGUUCAACGGUUAGCCUGUCAUUUUUUGUUGCCUUAAUUGUCACACAGCAUCCAGCCAAGCUGACGCAACGCAAUUUUCCAGAUUUUUGACCACUUUUUUAAAUCUGAUUUAGUCACCCUAAUUUUGGCCAUCCUUUUGGCCCAUUGAUAAAAAUAUGCAUUUUUGAUUGGACAACCAGUGGUCACCAACCGGUCGAUCGCGAUCUCCAAGGCAUUCCUAGUCGAUAACCAAACAUUUCUGUAAAAAACCCAACAAUAAAGCCUUACAUUCCAAAAUGUUUUAUUCCUUUUGUGCUGUUGGUGUUUGAUGCACUUGAUUCAGCAGCCCUAAUGCCGGGAAGGCAAAGUAUUCCCAUUUUGAACUAUUUCAUGUGUUUGAAGGUAGAACUCCGCCUACCCGGCAGGCCCAGAGAGCAAAUCAAGUGCACCUAUAGGCCUACCACUGGCCAACCUGUCAAAGGCGUCAGUGAAAUACGGUGGGCGAAGUCAAACGCAGGACACAGAGCUGAUCCGAAAACGUACUUUACUUGAAAGUAAACUGUGAAUACAAAAUCUCCACACAGGGAGGAAAUAACCCGCACACUAACGACUGCCGAUCACGAAUACAAUCACACACAACACACAGUGUAAGACAGAGGGUUAAAUAGGGAAGACAAUACAACAUAAUGGGAAACAGGUGUACACAAUCAAGACAGAACAAGUCGAACACAGAAACAUAGAUCGGUAGCAGCUAGUACUCCGGUGACGACGAACGCCGAAGCCUGCCCGAGCAAGGAGGAGGGGCAGCCUCGGCUGAAUCCGUGACAGUACCCACCCCUUGACGCGCGGCUGCAGCCGUGCGCCGACCCCGGCCUCGGAGACGGCCAGGAGGACACGGAGCAGGGUGAGUCAGAUGACUCUGGUGGAAAUCCCUCAACAUGGAGAGAUCUAGGAUGUCCCUCCUAGGGACCCAGCACCGUUCCUCCGGACCGUACCCCUCCCACUCCACGAGAUACUGCAGGCCCCCCACCUGAUGCCUCGAAUCCAAGAUGGAACGGACUGAGUAUGCCGGAGCCCCCUCGAUGUCCAGUGGGGGCGGAGGAACCUCUCGUACCUCAGACUCCUGGUGUGGACCAGCUACUACCGGCCUGAGGAGAGACACAUGGAACGAGGGGUUAAUACGGUAAUUAAUAGGAAGUUGUAACCUAUAACAAACCUCGUUCAAUCUCCUCAGGACUUUAAAUGGCCCCACAAACCGCCGACCCAGCUACCGGCAAGGCAGGCGAAGGGGCAGGUUUCGGGUCGAGAGCCAGACCCGAUCUCCCGGUGCAUACACCGGAGCCUCACUGCGGUGGCGAUCGGCGCUCGACUUUUGUCGCCUGAUAGCCCGCUGCAGGUGUACAUGCGCAACGUUCCAGGUCUCUUCCGAGCGCCGAAACCACUCGUCCACCGCAGGAGUUUCGAUCUGGCUCUGAUGCCAAGGUGCCAGGACCGGCUGAUAACCUAACACACACUGAAAAGGCGUAAGGUUAGUUGAGGAGUGGCGAAGUGAGUUUUGGGCUAUCUCUGCCCAGGGGAUAUAUCCCAACCACUCCCCCUGCUGGUCCUGGCAAUAGGACCUCAGAAACCUACCCACAUCCUGGUUCACUCUCUCCACCUGCCCAUUACUUUCGGGGUGAAAACCUUAGGUAAGGCUAAUCGAGACCCCAGACGUUCCAUGAACGCCCUCCAGACUCUAGAGGUGAACUGGGGACCCCGAUCUGACACUAUAUCCUCAGGUACCCCGUAGUGCCGGAAGACGUGUGUAAACAGGGCGUCAGCAGUUUGUAGGGCUGUAGGGAGACCUGGCAUAGGAAUGAGAUGGCAGGCCUUCGAAAACUGAUCCACAACGACCAAGAUCGUAGUGUUCCCCUGUGAGGGGGGAAGGUCCGUGACAAAGUCCACCGAUAGAUGAGACCACGGCCGUUGUGGAAAGGGUAGGGGUUGUAACUUCCCCCAGGGCAGGUGUCUAGGUGCCUUACACUGGGCGCACACCGAGCAGGAGGAAACAUAAACCCUCGCGUCCUUGGCUAAAGUGGGCCACCAGUACUUCCCACUAAGACAGUGCACUGUCCGACCGAUCCCAGGAUGACCAGAGGAGGGUGACGUGUGAGCCCAAUAGAUCAAUCGAUCAUGAACCUCGAGCGGCACGUACAUCCGACCCUCCGGACACUGGAAGGGAGUAGGCUCGGUAUGUAACGCCCGCUCAAUGUCCGCAUCAACCUCCCACACCACCGGUGCCACCAGACACGAUGCCGGGAAUACGGGAGUGGGCUCAAUGGACCUCUCCUCUGUGUCAUAUAGUCGGGACAGGGCGUCUGCCUUAGCGUUCUGGGAACCUGGUCUGUAAGUGAGCGUAAACACAAAUCGAGUGAAAAACAUAGCCCAUCUUGCCUGACGAGGGUUCAACCUCCUCGCCGCUCGGAUGUACUCCAGGUUACGAUGGUCAGUCAAAAUGAGAAAAGGGUGUUUAGCCCCCUCAAGCCAAUGCCUCCACACCUUCAGGGCUUGAACCACAGCUAACAGCUCCCUGUCCCCCACAUCAUAAUUGCGCUCCGCCGGACUGAGCUUCUUAGAAAAGAAAGCACAGGGGCGGAGUUUUGGUGGCGUACCCGAGAGCUGAGACAGUACAGCACCGAUCCCAGCCUCGGACGCAUCCACCUCAACUUGGAAUGCCAAGGAAGGAUCCGGAUGAGCCAGCACCGGAGCCGAAGUAAACAGGUCCUUCAGAUGCCUAAAAGCCCUGUCCGCCUCAGCCGACCACUGCAGACGCACUGGCCCUCCCUUUAGCAAGGAUGUAAUGGGAGCCGCUACCUGCCCAAAGCCCCGGAUAAAGUAAUUGGCAAAACCCAAGAACCAUUGCACUUCCUUCACCGUGGUUGGAGUCUGCCAAUUACGCACGGACGAAACGCGGUCAAUCUCCAUCUCCACACCUGACGCGGACAAGCGGUGUCCCAGGAAGGAGAUGGACUCUUGGAAGAACAGACAUUUCUCCGCCUUCACAUACAGGUCAUGCUCCAACAGUCUACCAAGCACCCGACGAACCAGGGACACAUGCUCGGCUCGUGUAGCGGAGUAUAUUAGAAUGUCAUCGAUAUACACCACUACACCCUGUCCAUGCAGCUCCCGGAAAAUCUCAUCCACAAACGAUUGGAACACUGAAGGAGCAUUCAUCAGACCGUAUGGCAUGACGAGGUACUCAUAGUGCCCCAAGGUGGUACUAAAUGCUGUCUUCCACUCAUCUCCCUCCCGAAUACGCACCAGGUUGUACGCGCUCCUGAGAUCCAAUUUUGUGAAGAAGCUCGCCCCGUGCAAUGACUCCGUCAUACUAGCAAUCAGAGGUAGUGGAUAGCUGUAUUUUAUUGUGAUCUGAUUUAGACCACGGUAGUCAAUGCACGGGCGUAAACCACCAUCCUUCUUCUUCACAAAAAAGAAACUCGAUGACGCAGGGGAAGUGGACGGCCAUAUGUAUCCCUGUCUCAGAGAUUCGGUGACAUAUGUCUCCAUAGCCGCCGUCUCCUCCUGAGACAGAGGAUACACGUGACUCCGGGGAAGCGCAACGCCUACCUGGAGGUUUAUCGCACAAUCCCCCUGUCGAUGGGGUGGUAAUUGAGUCGCCUUCUUUUUACAGAAGGCGAGAGCCAAAUCGGCAUAUUCAGGUGGAAUGUGCAUGGUGGGAACUUGGUUCGGACUUUCCACCGUCGUUGCCCCUACGGAAACACCUACACACCUCCCCAAGCACUGAUCAGACCAUCCCUUGAGAGCCCUCUGUUGCCAUGAAAUAGUGGGGUCAUGAAAAGCUAACCAGGGAAGCCCCAACACCACGGGAAACGCAGGAGAAUCAAUCAGAUACAAACGAAUUAUCUCCUCAUGCCCCUCCUGCGUUUUCAUCCUGAGAGGCGCUGUGACUUCCCUAAUCAACCCUGACCCUAAAGGGCGGCUAUCUAGGGCAUGGAUAGGGAAGGGCACAUCGACUGGCACAAUAGGAAUCCCUAACUUAUGGGUAAACUGACGAUCUAUAAAGUUCCCAGCUGCGCCUGAAUCUACUAGCGCCUUAUGCUGGGACUGAGGAGAAAACUCGGGAAACACAACAUUCAUACACAUAUGCGCAACAGGGACAGCUGCAAUGAAUGAGUAUAGCAAAGUGUUCCGAUAAGCAUUGUAUUGUUAUUAUAAUAGUAUUGUAUUGUUAUUAUAAUAGUAUUGUAUUGUUAUUAUAAUAGUAUUGUAUUGUUAUUAUAAUAGUAUUGUAUUGUUAUUAUAAUAGCGGCUUGUGUCUUUUUUUUAUAUUGCCCUGAACUAACUCAUUUUACUGUUGCUGUUUUUCUACCCAUGGUGCUUUGUUGUUCAGUGAGUGUCACAACGCUACAGACCGGAUCAAGGUGCGUGUGUGGGAUGAGGAUGAUGACAUCAAGUCUCGCAUGAAGCAACACUUCAAACGAGAGUCGGACGAUUUCUUGGGUCAGACCAUCAUCGAGGUCCGCAUGCUCAGCGGGGAGAUGGAUGUGUGGUACAACCUGGGUAUGUUCUGUAUCAGACUGCUUCCAUGUUCUAGAUAAGACUGGUUCUAUGUUCUAGAUUAGACUGGUUCUAUGUUAUUUAUUAGACUGGUUCUAUGUUCUAGAUUAGACUGGUUCUAUGUUCUAGAUAACACUGGUUCUAUGUUCUCUAUAAGACUGGUUCUAUGUGCUAGAUUAGACUGGUUCUAUGUUCUCUAUAAGACUGGUUAUAUGUUCUAAAUUGGACUGGUUCUAUGUUCUAGAUAAGAUCGGUUCCAUUUUCUAGAUAAGAGGACUGAUGCAUCUGGUUCUGUGUUUUAGAUAAGAAGACUGAUAAGUCUGGUUCUGUGUUCUAGAUAAGAGAACUGAUAAGUCGAUGGUGUCGGGAGCCAUCAGAUUGAAGCUCAACGUAGAGAUGAAGGGAGAGGAGAAAGUAGCACCGCCCCACGGCCAAUACACCUGUUUACAUGAGGUAAGACACCUAUACUCACCAAUUGGUUUGAAGGGUUUCUCCACUCUAUGGAACCUAUUCCAUGAACUGUCUCCCUCUCGUCCUCUUCUCUCAUUUUAUUCUCUUCAUCCUAUCUUUCUCUCUUCCUUUAGAACCUGUUCCACCACCUGACGGAGGUAAAGAACAGUGGAGCGGUGAAGAUCCCAGAGGUGAAAGGAGACGAGGCGUGGAAGGUCUACUAUGAUGACGUGUCCCAGGAGAUAGUGGACGAGUUCGCCAUGAGAUAUGGAGUAGAGUCCAUCUACCAGGCCAUGACGUAAGGACGCUCUCUUUCUCCUUCUCCCUCUUUCUUUCUCUUUCUCCCUCUCUUUUCUCUCCUCUUGGUUCUCUGAAGGCUUACUGCUGUGCUGAUCUAAUACAAGAACGCAUGCCUCUGUGUCCUCAGUGUUAAAAGCAUAGAAAUAGAAUGCAUGCUAUUACUAUGGUGUGUUUGGCUGUGUAAGUGUAUAAGUGUGUGAGUGUGCAUGUGUGAGAGAGAAGGAAAUGCCUGGCUGCCUGUCUCUGUCUGCCUGUCUGUGUGUGUGGGUGGGUGGGUGUGUGGGUGGGUGGGUGGGUGUGUGUGUGGGUGGGUGUGGGUGUGUGUGUGUGUGCACUGCCCACUCUAAAGCCACCGUGGGAAUUCACAGGAAGUCAUCAUGGUUCUCAGAGUGUUCUCUCUCCACGUUCACCUCCAGCAAGUGCUUCUGGGUAAUCUGGAGGCUGAGAGCACAGUAAUUAAUUAUGCUCCCCAAUGUGAGCAUCUGUGUGUGUGUCUCUCACCCCCUCUCCCUCACGCUCCAUCGUUUCUGUCUCUCUCGCUGUGCUUUGAAAGGCUAUUUAAUAAAUAAUUUGCAUGGCUGUCCUUCCAGAUAAAUGGGGUGCUCAUUUUUGAAAACCUUUGAAAUGCACCUCAAGUUAACCUUUCCUUGCAUCAGUAUUAAACUACCUCAUAUAACGGGUGUGUCCCAAAUACCACCCUAUUCCCUAAAUAGCCCUAUGGGCCCUGGUCAAAAGUAGUGCACUAUAAAGAGAAUAGGGUGCCAUUUGGGAUGCUCCCUAAAAGUCAAUGCCUGACUGUAGAGCAGAAUAGAUACCUGUUAAGAGGCAGCCUUCUCCUUGUCUUGCUAUUCCCAUGACCUACAUAGGUUUAGUUUAAUGGAUUCAGCUCAGAGAGAGAGAGAGAGAGAGAGAGAGAGAGAGGGAGAGAGAGAGAGAGAGAGUAGAGAGAGAUAUGAAGAGAUGGAGCUCUCUCUCUCUCAUCUCGCAUACUCUCGCUAGCUCGCUCUCAUCUUCUCUCUAUCCCUCUCUCUCUUCUUCUCUCUCGCUCCCCCUCUCUCUCUCUCUCUCUCUCUCUCUCUCUCUCUCUCUAUACUCUUCUCCCUGCCUCUCUCUUAUCUCUCUCGCUUCUUUUCUCUUCCUUUUUUUUUUGUUAUCUCCUUCCCCUUUCUUUCCUGGAAGUCCCCUACGCAAGCUGGUCCUGGGGCUCUGUACACAAACACAAACAGACCCCACAGAGCCCCAGGACAGCAACACAAUUAGACCCAACCAAAUCAUGAGAAACCAAAAAGAUAAUUACUUGACACAAAAAAAGAGAGCAAACUAGAAUGCUAUUUGGCCCUAAACAGAGAGUACACAGUGGCAGAAUACAUGACCACUGUGACUGACCCAAACUUAAGGAAAGCUUUGACUAUGUACAGACUCAGUGAGCAUAGCCUUGCUAUUGAGAAAGGUCGCCGUAGGCAGACCUGGCUCUCAAGAGAAGACAGGCUAUGUGCACACUGCCCACAAAAUGUGGUGGAAACUGAGCUGCACUUCCUAACCUCCUGCCAAAUGUAUGACCAUAUUAGAGACACAUAUUUCCCUCAGAUUACACAGAUCUACAAUGAAUUCAAAAACAAAUCCAAUUUUGAUAAACUCCCAUAUCUAUUGAGUGAAAUACCAUAGUGUGCAAUCACAGCAGCAAUAUUUGUGACAUGUUGCCACAAGAAAAGGGCAACCAGUGAAGAACAAACACCAUUGUAAAUACAACCCACGUUUAUUUAUUUUCCCUUUUGUACUUUAACUAUUUGCACAUCGUUACAACAAUGUAACAUUUGAAAUGUCUUUAUUCUUUUGGAACUUUUGUGAUUCUAAUGUUUACGAUUCAUUUUUUAUUUUUUAUUUCACUUUUGUUUAUUAUCUAUUUCACUUGCUUUGGUAAUGUAAACAUAUGUUUCCCAUGCCAAUAAAGCACUUACAUUGAAAUUGAAUUGAAAUUGAAUUGAUAAAGAUAGAGAGGGAGUGAGAGAGAGCGAGACCAAGACAGAGACCAAGAGAAAAAGAGAGACAGAGACCAACAAUGGCAGGAGAGUUUCACAGCCUACCCCACCCAAAGACAGAGGCUUUUGAAGCCCUCUCCCGCUGUUCAGUGAUUAUUACAGUACAGUACCCUCUGGAUGUAAAAAAUAAGAAGGCACGAAAAGAGUACAAAAAGAAGCUCCUUAUGGAAAAUCAAGAGACACUUUUAGCUGACUAUUAUAAAAAUGGGAACAUAAGCAACUUAAUCUUCCACACUGACCAUCCCCUGGCAUGGCGCAGUGCUAGGGGGUGUUAGCGAUGGGUGGAAACUCAGGAUACUAGACAACGAGUACUCUGAGUCAGCCAAUGUCAACCUGUAUAAAUCUGGAACAGUAAUGGUACAGGGCAACCCCAAACAGUUUCAGCUGGACUUUCACAUAAUCAAAGAGAUAGCUCAGCAGGAUAAGCUCUCUCUUGAGAAAGAUACCCCCACCCCAAGCGUGUCAGACCAGAUCAUUAUACAACCCCACAGACGAGCAACCCCAAGCGGAAAGUCAACCUCCCAGCACAGAGUACUACUCCCUCAUUGAAAUGAAGGAUACAUUCACCCAGCUGGAGGUAUGUCAGGUGGAGCUGGAACAGCAGGUGAACACAUUCCAGUCAGCACAAAAAAUUGUCCAGCUCAACAACACCCCCUCAACCAGACCCGGAUAGCUGGAGGUGGAGAGAGACAUAUCUGGACUGUGGUGAGACAACAUCAACAGGAGAAAGAGCAGGAGCAGGAGAAGAACAGAGCACUAGAGGAGAGGAUCAGAGUGCUGGAGGAGAGGGUGAUGGGAUGGUGUGUGACAGAGAACAACCCAUUAGAGCUGACCAAAGUCUCAACACCACAGCAGAAAAGUCCACCCCAGACAGCGGGACAGACAAAUGAAGAACCGCAAGCCCAGGGGAUCCCACCCCCUCUGAGCACCCCCCCGUCAGCCACCCUGAUAGCCCUCCACCCUGCUACCAUACAGCGGGUAAACGCAAGUAUUUUCCACGACUGUGCCUCAAAACCAAAUGUUUACCUGGCCCACCACUCCACCCUGGACUUGAACAGCCUUUACGACCAGGUCCACCUCUACAAGGCAGCAGUGCCCACCUUCACCUGGACCCUAAAGGACAUCGCCCUCAACCGCAGCCCCAACACCUCACACAGGAGCUACAGAUCAACAGACACCCCGCCCAGACCAGCGAGACACUCUCCCAGACCCCCUCCCGGACCUACACAUAAAGGACCCACACCGAGAGGACCUACAUCCAGACCAAAUCACCACCAGCCACAUCCACACCCCCACCCCAACCAAUCAACACCCCCCCAAGUCAACCCAUUUAGGCCCUCAGAUCAGACCUAUGCCCCUCCUGCCCACCCCAUGCCUCCCACUCCCGCAAAGAGGGCCUCAACAUGAAAGUCACACAUACGCCCAGGCCGUGAGCAGGCCCAACCCCCACUCUUACACUAGUCCAAGCCAAUGGCGUGUACCAGAUGCUCAGCAGGCUCUGCUCACACUUACUGGUCUGAGGCCAAACCACACGACUAACAAUACUGGACACUUUAUGGAACACAAAGCCUUCACCAGCUCAUCCUGGAAUAUCCCAGGCCUGAGGUCAUCUUCCUUUGGCCUAAAGAGCAGGAACCUGGACUUAGUCAUCCUACAAGAAACAUGGUAUAGAUGGACCCACUGUUUUCCCUCUAGCUUACAGAGAGCUGGUAGUCCCAUCCACCAAACUACCAGGUGCGAAACAGAGAAGGGACUCAGGGGGUAUACUCAUUUGGUAUAGAGCAGACCUAACUCACUCUAUUAAAUUAAUCAAAACAGGAAAAUUUUACAUUUGGCUAGAAAUUCUAAAGGAAAUUAUCUCAACAGAGAAUAAUGUCAUCCUGUGUGCUACCUAUAUCCCCCCACUAGAAUCCCCAUACUUUAAUGAAGACAGCUUCUCCAUCCUGGAGGGGGAAAUCAAUCAUUUCUAGGCCCAGGGACAUGUACUAGUCUGUGCGACCUAAAUGCCAGAACUGGACAAGAACCUGACAACCUCAGCACACAGGGGGACACACACAUACCUGGAGGUGACAGCAUUCCCUCCCCCAUAUGCCCCCCUAGGCACAACUACGACAACAUAACCAACAAAAACGGGUCACAACUCCUGCAGCUCUAUCGCACGCUGGGUAUGUACAUAGUCAAUGGUAUGCUUUGAGGGGACUCCUAUGGUAGGUAUACCUAUAGCUCAUCUCUUGGCAGUAGUACUGUAAAAAUCAAAUCAAAUUUUAUUUGCCACAUGUGCUGAAUACAACAGGUGUAGACAUUACAGUGAAAUGCUUACUUACAAGCCCUUAACCAACAAUGCAGCUUUUAAGAAUUUAAAAAAUAUAUAUAUAUAAUUAAAGAGCAGCACUAAAAUAAAAUAACAGUAGGGAGGUUAUAUACAGGGGGUACCGGUACAGAGUCAAUGUGCGGGGGCACUGGUUAGUCAAGGUAAUUGAGGUAAUAUGUACAUGUGGGUAGAGUUAAAGUGACUAUGCAUAAAUAAUAAACAGAGUAGCAGCAGCGUAAAAGAGGGGGGUUGGGGUGGGGUGGGGGGGACAAUGCAAAUAGUCCGGGUAGCCAUAAUUAGCUGUUCAGGAGUCUUACGGCUUAGGGGUAGAAGCUGUUAAGAAGCCUUUUGGACCUAGACUUGGCGCUCCGGUACCGCUUGCCGUGCGGUAGCAGAGAGAACAGUCUAUGACUAGGGUGGCUGGAGUCUUUGAUAAUUUUUAGGGCCUUCCUCUGACACCGCCUGGUAUAGCGGUCCUGGAUGGCAGGAAGCUUGGCCCCAGGGAUGUACUGGGCCGUAUGCACUACCAUCUAUAGUGCCUUGCGGUCAGAGGCCGAGUAGUUGCCAUACCAGGCGGUGAUGCAACCAGUCAGGAUGCUCUCGAUGGUGCAGCUGUAGAACUUUUUGAGGAUCUGAGGACCCAUGCCAAAGGGUCACCAAGGAACUUGAAGCUCUCAAUCUGUUCCACUACAGCCCCGUUGAUGAGAAUGGGGGCGUGCUCAGUCCUCUUUUUUUUCCUGUAGUCCAAAAUCAUCUCCUUUGUCUUCAUCACGUUGAGGGAGAGGUUGUUAUCCUGGCACCACACGGCCAGGUCUCUGACCUCCUCCCUAUAGGCUGUCUCAUCGUUGUCGGUGAUCAGGCCUAACACUUAAUGAUGGUGUUGGAGUCGUACCUGGCCAUGCAGUCAUGGGUGAACAGGGAGUACAGGAGGGGACUGAGCACGCACCCCUGAGGGGCCCCCGUGUUGAGGAUCAGCGUGGCAGAUGUGUUGUUACCUACCUUUACCACCUGGGGGCGGCCCGUCAGGAAGUCCAGGAUCCAGUUGCAGAGGCAGAUGUUUAGUCCCAGGGUCCUUAGCUUAGUGAUGAGCUUUGAGGGCACUAUGGUGUUGAACGCUGAGCUGUAGUCAAUGAAUAGCAUUCUCACGUAGGUGUUCCUCUUGUCCAGGUGGGAAAGGGCAGUGUGGAGUGCAAUAGAGAUUGCAUCAUCUGUGGAUCUGUUGGGGCGGUAUGCAAAUUGGAGUGGGUCUAGGGUUUCUGGGAUAAUGGUGUUGAUGUGAGCCAUGACCAGCCUUUCAAAGCACUUCAUGGCUACAGACGUGAGUGCUACGGGUCGGUAGUCAUUUAGGCAGGUUAUCUUAGUGUUCUUGGGCACAGGGACUAUGGUGGUCUGCUUGAAACAUGUUGGUAUUACAGACUCAGUCAGGGACAUGUUGAAAAUGUCAGUGAAGACACUUGCCAGUUGGUCAGCGCAUGCUCUGAGUACACGUCCUGGUAAUCCGUCUGGCCCUGCGGCCUUGUGAAUGUUGACCUGCUUAAAAGUUUUACUCACAUCGGUUACAGAGAGCUUGAUCACAUAGUCAUCCGGAACAGCUGAUGCUCUCAUGCAUGCUUCAGUGUUGCUUGCCUCGAAGCGAGCAUAGAAGUGAUUUAGCUCGUCUGGUAGGCUUGUGUCACUGGGCAGCUCGCGGCUGUGCUUCCCUUUGUAGUCUGUAAUAGUUUUCACGCAGGAUAAGAAAAUUGACAACAAUUACAAAUGGUUUGAUGAAGAAUGCAAAAACCUAAGAAAGAAAUUGAGAAACCUCUCCAACCAAAAACAUAGAGACCUUGAAAACCUGAGCCUACGCCUUCACUGUGGUGAAUCACUAAAACAAUACAGAAAUACACUACGGAAAAAGAAGGAACAGCAUGUCAGAAAUCAGCUCAAUGUAAUUGAAGAAUCCAUAAACUCUAACCUCUUCUGGGAAAAUUGGAAAACACUAAACAAACAACAACAUGAAGAGUUAUCUAUCCAAAAUGGAGAUGUAUGGGUAAGCCACUUCUCCAAUCUUUUUGGCCCUAUAACAAAGAACAAACAGCAAAAACAUAUACAUGAUCAAAUACAAAUCUUAGAAUCAAUUAUUAAAGACUACCAGAAUCCACUGGAUUCUCCAAUUACAUUGAAUGAACUACAGGACAAAAUACAAACCCUCCAACCCAAAAAGGCCUGUGGUGUUGAUGGUAUCCUCAAUGAAAUUAUAAAAUAUACAGACCACAAAUUCCAAUUGGCUAUACUUAAACUCUUUAACAUCAUCCUUAGCUCUGGCAUCUUCCCCAAUACACAAAAGGGGAGACAAAUUUGACCCCAAUAACUACUGUGGGAUAUGCGUCAACAGCAACCUUGGGAAAAUCCUUUGCAUUAUCAUUAACAACAGACUUGUACAUUUCCUCAGUGAAAACAAUGUACUGAGCAAAUGUCAAAUUGGCUUUUUACCAAAUUACCGUACGACAGACCACGUAUUUACCAUGCACACCCUAAUUGACAAACAAACAAACCAAAACAAAGGCGAAGUCUUCUCAUGCUUUGUUGAUUUCAAAAAAGCUUUUGACUCAAUUUGGCAUGAGGGUCUGCUAUACAAAUUGAUGGAAAGUGUUGGGGGAAAAAACAUACGACAUUAUAAAAUCCAUGUACACAAACAACAAGUGUGCUGUAAAAAUUGGCAAAAAACACACACAUUUCUCUCCACAGGGCAGUAGGGUGAGACAGGGAUGCAGCUUAAGCCCCACGCUCUUCAACAUAUAUAUCAAUGAAUUGGCGAGGGCACUAGAACAGUCUGCAGCACCCGGCCUCACCCUACUAGAAUCUGAAGUCAAAUGUCUACUGUUUGCUGAUGAUCUGGUGCUUCUGUCCCAAACCAAGGAGGGCCUACAGCAGCAACUAGAUCUUCUGCACAGAUUCUGUCAGAACUGGGCCCUAACAGUAAAUCUCAGAAAUACAAAAAUAAUAGUGUUCCAAAACAGGUCCAGUUGCCAGGACUACAAAUACAAAUUCCAUCUAGACACCAAAAACGAUACAUAUCUCGGCCUAAACAUCAGCGCCACUGGUAACUUACACAAAGCUGUGAAUGAUCUGAGAGACAAGGCAAGAAGGGCCUUCUAUGCCAUCAAAAGGAACAUAAAAUUCAACAUACCAAUUAGGAUCUGGCAAAAAAAACUUGAAUCAGUUAUAGAACCCAUUGCCCUUUAUGGUUGUGAGGUCUGGGGUCUGCUCACCAACCAAUAAUUCACAAAAUGGGACAAACACCAAAUUGAGACUCAAACUUAAGAGAUGAACCUGGAGAAGAGUCCCCUAAGCAAGCUGGUCCUGGGGCUCUGUUCACAAACACAAACAGACCCCACAGAGCCCCAGGACAGCAACAAUAUUAGACCCAACCACAUCAUGAGAAAACAAAAAGAUAAUUACUUGACACAUUGAAAAUAAUUAACAAAAAAACAGAGCAAACUAGAAUGCUAUUUGGCUCUAAACAGAGAGUACACAGUGGCAGAAUACCUGACCACUGUGACUGACCCAAACUUAGGGAAAGCUUUGACUAUGUACAGACUCAGUGAGCAUAGCCUUGCUAUUGAGAAAGGUCACCGUAAGCAGACCUGGCUCUCAAGAGAAGACAGGCUAUGUACACACUGCCCACAAAAUAAGGUGGAAACUGAGCUGCACUUCCUAACAUCCUGCCAAAUGUAUGACCAUAUUAUAGACACAUAUUUCCCUCAGAUUACACAGAUCCACAAAGAAUUUGAAAACAAACCAAAUUUUGAUACACUCCCAUAUCUAUUGGGUGAAAUAGCACAGUGUGCCAUCACAGCAGCAAUAUGUGUGACCUGUUGCCACAAGAAAAGGGCAACCAGUGAAGAACAAAUACCAUUGUAAAUAUAACCCAUAUUUAUGUUUAUUUAUUUUCCCUUUUGUACUUUAACUAUUUGCACAUAAUAUGACAUUUGAAAUGUCUUUAUUCUUUUGGAACUUGUGUGAGUGUAAUGUUUACUGCUGGAGGAUUUUGCUUCAGCCGUGCCCUAAAACAACUAAUUCUACGAAUCAGUCGCUCCUGAGGACGUUGAUUAGCUGAAUCCAGUGUUUUACAAGUUUCAACAAAUCUGAACAAAGUUGUGUAGCAUUGACGUUUCGUAGAAGUGUGUGUGACUAGCUGAAUCAGAUGUUUUUUAAGUUUCAUCAACACAGGCCUAUGUAGGCAUGGACAUGAUGUGUUCAGAGUGUGUAUGUGUCUCUCUGUGUAUAUUGGUAUUGGAGUGUUGCAGUGAGCAUGGUAUUGGAUCACAGAGAGCGUUGGUUCAUGCUACAUCACAAUUGUUUUGUUUGACACACAGCGUUAACACUUUGGCCAUCAGAACUUUGUGUGUGUGUGUGCGUGCGUGCACGUGUGUGUCUGUGUGUGUGGGGUGUGCGUGUGUGUGUACAUACGUGUGGGGUAUGCGUGUGGGGUUUUUCUGUCUCAGCCUAGUCACCCGUCUCUUGUUGCUGGUAUUUGGAGCAGCUCCUAAGAUCAAUGGAGUGAGGGGAGGUGUGUGUGUGAAGUGUGUGUGUGUGUGCACGUGCGUGCGUGUGUGUAUUGGUCAUUUUAAAGAAACAUUACAAUUCCAUUCAGAGUUUUCUAAUCUUCCUGUUAUUGACCUUCUAGCUGGUUCCACUCUGCUGGGAAUCACAUGACAUUACAACUAUCAGGAUUUGAAUGAGCACCUAGUCUACCUCUGUAUUCUCUCUCACGCUCUCUCUCCCUCCCUCUCUCUCUCUCUCUCUCUCUGUCUCUCUCUCCCUGUCUCUCUCUCUGUCUCUCUCCCUUUCUCUUUCUCUCUCUCUCUCUUUCUCUCUUUCCUUCUCUCUCUCUGGUGUUCUCUCUCUCUCUCUCAUCAGUCCUCUCUCUUUCUCUGUCCCUCUCUUUCUCUGCCUGUCUGACUCUUUUAUUUCAUUUCCUCUAAUAUCCUUUCCUCUGCUCUAGUUGAAUAAUCUCCUCCUCAUGAUUAAAGGAAAUGUACUACUUAAAUCACACUACAAAGAAUAGUUAGUGUUAUGUUAUUUUAAUAUCUCUCUCUCUCUCUCUCCCUUUCUCCCCCCCCCCCCCCCCCCCCCCCUCUCUCUCUCUCUCUCUCUCUCUCUCUCUCUCUCUCUCUCUCCCUCUCUCUCUGUCCCUCCCUUCCUCUCUCUGUCCCUCCCUCCCCUCCUCUCUCUCCCCCCCAGGCAUUUCUCCUGUCUAUCCUCUAAGUACAUGUGUCCGGGGGUUCCGGCGGUGAUGAGUAAUCUGCUAGCCAACAUCAACGCCUACUUUGCCCACACCACCACCGUCUCAACCAACAUCUCUGCCUCUGACCGCUUCGCUGCAUCCAACUUUGGGGUGAGAACACGCACGCACAUACACGCACGCACACACACACACACACACACAUAAACAAACACACACUCACUUACACACACUUCUCAGCUACAUUGUUUAUGGAUAUUUGAAAACAUCUGACUAUCAUGAAUAUUGAUAAGUAUUGUAACUUUUUGAUGUUGUAUUAAAAUGUAUGUUUAAAAUGCAUUACGCUGGGUUUUUUGUUCCCUCGUCAACACAAUAUAUUCCACCCUUUCAAAUACCCCAAAAAAUGCAUUUAUUAAAUUAGAAGUUCAAAGUUAAGUUGAACUCACAGUGUGAUUGCUUUACUAACGGAGAUAUCUAUAAAUCUGUUUUUCUCGCAGAGGGAGAAAUUUGUCAAACUUCUAGAUCAGCUGCACAACUCUCUGAGGAUUGACCUGUCCAAGUACCGGGUAUGUACUCCGUGUGUGUGUGUGUGUGUGUGUGUGUGUGUGUGUGUGUGUGUGUGUGUGCUAGUGUGAGUGCAUCUGUGUUUGUGUCUGCGUAGGUCCGUGUGUGUGUGCAUGUGUGUGUAUUGUAGAGCGUUGUAAAACGGUGGGUGUCUGUGUAUAUUAUGAUUAUCUGUCCAGGGGUUGUACCUAGAGAUUAAUGGUUGUAAUGAUUUAUAUCUCCAGGAGUCCUGUACACUAGUCCUGUUCACUAGUCCUGUACACUAGACCUGUACACUAGACCUGUACACUAGUCCUGUUCACUAGUCCUGUUCACUAGACCUGUACACUAGUCCUGUUCACUAGACCUGUACACUAGACCUGUACACUAGACCUGUACACUAGACCUGUUCACUAGACCUGCACACUAGACCUGUUCACUAGACCUGUACACUAGACCUGUACACUAGAGCUGUACACUAGUCCUGUUCACUAGACCUGUUCACUAGACCUGUACACUAGACCUGUACACUAGUCCUGUUCACUAGACCUGUACACUAGACCUGUACACUAGACCUGUUCACUAGACCUGCACACUAGUCCUGUUCACUAGACCUGUACACUAGUCCUGUUCACUAGACCUAUACACUAGUCCUGUUCACUAGUCCUGACUGUACUGUACUGUCAAUGGUUGAAUUGUCUCUGAGUGGUGAAAUUAUGUGACAUAAAAAACAUUGGUUCCUGUGUGGUGAUUGUUUUGUCCUUGCUGCUUCUGUGUGUUUCUGUGUGUGUGUGUGUGUGUGUGUGUGUGUUUCUGUGUGUGUGUGUGUGUGUCUCCCAUUCAGUUUCAACUGUCAUGUGUGAUUAUAGAGGCAAAGACAGAGAGCGGAGCAGGUUUUUCACUGUGCUUGGCUUUUCAGAUUGCUGGUGUCGUGUUAUUCACACAUUGAAUGAAAGCAGUCAGGAAAUGUCACACUGUUUCUGACUGCUGCCGCUCCCCUUCUGCUCCCACAUCAAUUCACACACACACACACACACACACACACACACCUUGUCGUAUAGUAAUGGGAUUCAGAUCAGGCCAGUCAGUCUCUCCACUCGCUCGGCGUAUGGAUUUGUUCGUAAUGAUAUUCUGAAGCAGAUUGAGUUUGCUUUUCUCCCCCCCCUCUUUUUAAACGUAUUCAACAGGGGAGUUAGAAUAUGCAGAGACUCAGUGUAACAGCUGAUUUGUCCCUCUGUGAUGUCCCCCGUCGGUUCUGCUGUCAGUGAUUCACAGCAGGUGCUCAGGGAUACGGAGUGUUGUGUCAGGCAGUGGCGGCUGGUGCCACUUUAAAUCGGAGGACGGGCUCAUUGUAAUGGUUGGAAUGGAAUAAAUGGAAUGGUGAUACAGUACCAUUCACUCCUGAUAGGAUGUCUAUUUAGGCUGCAUGUUGAAGUAGACAUUGAGGGAUAUACAUUGAGAGAUAUAGGUUGUCUAUUUAGGGUAGACAUUCAGGUAUAUAUAUAUUUAGGGUGAACUGAGGGAUGUAGGAUGUCAAUUUAGCUGAUUUGGCCCUCUGUGAUGUCCCAUGUUGGUUCUGGUGUCAGUGAUGUACAGCACAGCAGGCGCUGAGGGAAAACAGGGUGCUGGUUUAGUUUAGGGUAGGGUGGACGUUGAAAGAUGUUGGAUGUUGUUUCAUGGUAGAGGCUGAGGGAUCUGGAAUGUCUAUUUAGGGUUAUGUGAUGAUGGUUUAUGGUAGACAUUGAGUGAUAUAGAUGUUGUUUACGGUAGAUGUUCUUCGGGUAGACGUGAGGUCGUAAUAGGUGUCUAUUAGGUAACGUUGAGGUAUAUAAGAUGUCUGUAUAGCAUUUGUGACAUCUGAUUAAAACAGGGCUUAUAAAAAUUGAUUAUGAUUGUGAUUGUUAGGUAGAUGUGUUCAAUAACGUGAGAUAUCGGACUUUUGUAGGAGGUUGUUUCAGGUAGGUUGAGGAUCAGGAUGUGUUUAGGUAGAUGUUGUUUCAGGGACUUGAGGAUAUAAGGUUGUUUGGUAGGAUUGUUUCAGGGUAGACUUGGUCUGUAUAUAAUGUCAUUUAGGUAUGAUUUUCAUUUAGUAGGAUGAUAUGAAGCGUUGUUCUAAGUAAGGACAAUAAAGCUGCACACACAAUACGCAGUUGGUAAACAAUGGCGGAGAGGGCGGCCUCGCAACUAGCUCUUAGGAAAUAUUGCGGUAUUUUGUUUUUUUAUGUAUUAUGUUUUACAUUAUUAGCUCAGGAAAUGUUUUGUGUCAUUACAGCCGGGAAGAACUAUUGGAUAUCAGAGUAGUGGUAGCUCACCAGAACUACCAGCAUUACGACCAGGAAUAUUACCUCCCCGAGCAGAUCCUUUGAUUCCAGAGGCCGACCCAAAACAUCGCCGGCGGAGGAGAGGCACUCGAGGCGGCCUGCUGGUUCGACUUAGGAGGCGCGCACACCACCCACCGCUUCCGAGUAUAUUACUCGCAAAUGUUCAGUCUUUGGAUAACAAAGUUUACGAGCUCAGGGAGACAUCAGGGCCUGUAACAUACUUUGUUUCACGGAAACAUGGCUCUCUCGGGAUACUCUGUCGAAAUCGGUCCAGCCAGAGGGAUUCUCAGUUCAUCGCGCAGACAGGAAUAAAUAUCUCUCUGGGAAGCAGAAGGGCGGAGGUGUGUGUUUUAUGAUUAACGACUCAUGGUGUAAUUGUAGUAACAUACAGGAACUCAAGUCAUUUUGUUCACCUGACCUAGAAUAUCUCACAAUCAAAUGCCGACCGUAUUAUCUCCCAAGAGAAUUUUGCUAUAUUAUAGCCAUGGCCGUUUAUAUCCCCCCUCAAGCCGAUACCACGACGGCCCUCAAAGAACUUCACUGGACUUUAUGCUAACUGGAAACCACAUAUCCUGAGGCUGCAUUCAUUGUAGCUGGGGAUUUUAACAAAACCAAUUUGAGGACUAGGCUGCCGAAGUUCUAUCAACAUAUCGACUGUAGUACUCGCGCUUCUAAAACACUCGACCACUGUUAUUCAAUCUUCCGGGAUGCUUACAAGGCCCUCCCCCGCCCUCCUUUCGGCAAAUCUGACCACGACUCCAUUUUGCUUCUCCCUUCCUAUAGGCAGACACUCAAACAGGAAGUACCCAUGCUAAGGACUAUCCAACGCUGGUCUGACCAAUCGGAAUCCACGCUUCAGGAUUGUUUUUAUCACGCGGACUGGGAUAUUUUCCUGGUAGCUUUCGAAAAUAAUUUAGACGAAUACACUGAUACGGUAACUGAAUUUAUCAGGAAUUGUAUAGGAGAUGUCGUACCCACUGUGACUAUUAAAACCUACCAUAACCAGAAACCGUGGAUAGAUGGCAGCAUUCGUGCGAAACUGAAAGCGCAAACCACCGCAUUUAACCAUGGCAAGUUGACUAGGAAUAUGGCAGAAUACAAACAGUGUAAUUAUUCACUCCGCAAGGCAAUCAAACAAGCAAAACGUCAGUAUAGAGACAAAGUGGAGUCGCAAUUCAACAGCUCAGACACGAAACGUAUGUGGCAGGGUCUACAGACAAUCACGGACUACAAAAGGAAAAGCAGCCACGUCGCCGAGACUGACGUCUUGCUUCCAGACAAGCUAAACACCUUCUUUGCCCGCUUUGAGGAUAGCACAGUGCCACCGACGCGGCCUGCUACCGAGGACUGUGGGCUCUCCUUCUCCGUGGCCGACGUGAGUAAGACAUUUAAACGUGUUAACCAUCGCAAGGCUGCCGGCCCAGCCGGCAUCCCUAGCCGCGUCCUCAGAGCAUGCGCAGACCAGCUGGCUGGUGUGUUUACGGGCAUAUUCAAUCUCUCCCUAUCCCAGUCUGCUGUCCCCACAUUCAAGAUGGCCACCAUUGUUCCUGUACCCAAGAAAGCAAAGGUAACUGAACUAAACGACAAUCGCCCCGUAGCACUCACCUCUUUCAUCAUGAAGUGCUUUGAGAGACUAGUCAAGGAUCAUGUCGCCUCUACCUUACCUGCCACCCUAGACCCACUUCAAUUUGCUUACCGCCCUAAUAGAUUCACAGACGAUGCAAUCGCCAUCACUCUGCACACUGCCCUAUUCCAUCUGGACAAGAGGAAUACCUAUGUAAGAAUGCUGUUCAUUGACUAUAGCUCAGCAUUCAACAUCAUAGUACCCUCCAAGCUCAUCAUUAAGCUCGAGGCCAUGGGUUUGAACCCCGCCCUGUACAACUGGGUCCUGGACUUCCUGAUGUGCCCAGGUGGUGAAGGUAGGAAACAGCACCUCCACUUCGCUGAUCCUCAACACUGGGGCCCCAUAAGGGUGCAUGCUCAGCCCCCUCCUGUACUCCCUGUUCACCCAUAACUGUGUGGCCAAGCACGCCUCCAACUCAAUCAUCAAGUUUGCAGACGACACAACAGUAAUAGGCUUGAUUACCAACAAUGACGAGACAGCCUACAGGGAGGAGGUGAGGGCUCUGGGAGUGUGGUGCCAGGAAAAUAACCUCUCACUCAACAUCAACAAAACAAAGGAGAUGAUUGUGGACUUCAGGAAACAGCAGAGGGUGCACCCCCCUAUCCACAUCAACGGGACUGCAGUGGAGAAGGUGGAAAGCUUCAAGUUCCUUGGCGUACACAUCACUGACAAAUUGAAAUGGACCACCCACACAGACAGUGUGGUGAAGAAGGCGCAACAGAGCCUCUUCAACCUCAGGAGGCUUAAGAAACCCUCACAAACUUUUACAGAUGCACAAUUGAGAGCAUCCUGUUGGGCUGUGUUACCGCCUGGUACAGCAACUGCACCGCCCGCAACCGCAAGGCUCUCCAGAGGGUGGUGCGGUCUGCCCAAUGCAUUACCAGGGGCAAACUACCCGCCCUCCAGGACAUCAACCACCCGAGCCACUUCCUGUUCACCCCGCAAUCAUCCAGAAGGCGAGGUCAGUACAGAUGCAUCAAAGCUGGGACAGAGAGACUGAAAAACAGCUUCUAUCUCAAGGCCCUCAGACUGUUAAACAGCCAACACUAGCACAUUAGAGGCUGCUGCCUAUAGACAUAGACUAGAAAUCACUGGCCACUUUAAGAAAUGGAACACUAGCCACUUUAAUAAUGUUUACAUAUCUUGCAUUACUCAUCUCAUAUGUAUAUACUGUACUCUAUACUAUUCUACGGUAUCUUAGUCACUUUAAUAAUGUUUACAUAUCUUGCAGUACUCAUCUCAUAUGUAUGUACUGUAUUCUAUACUAUUCUACCGUGUCUUAGACCAUGCCGCUCUGACAUCGCUCGUCCAUAUAUGUAUAUAUUCUUAAUUCAUUCCUUACUUAGAUUUGUGUGUAUUGGGUAUAUGUUGUGAAAUUGUUAGAUAUUACUUGUUAGAUAUUACUGCACUUUGAUUUGAUUUGAUUUGAUUUCGUGAAUGUGUUUUGUCGAUGAUUAGCGACUGAGCGGAAUUGAUGCUUUCAUACACGGUCUUUGAAUCCAGAUCUCUCUGGGGCUAUGGCAUGAUCAUUCUGGAUUACGUUUGAGAGUGAUUGACAGAGAGUUUGUGUGCGUCCCAAAUGGCACCAUAUUCCAUAUGUAGUGCACUACUUUUGAUGAGAUCCGUAUGGGCCCUGGUCAAAAGUAGUUCACUACCUAGGGAAUAGGGUGCUUUAUGGGAUGCAUAUCUUCUGUUCAUUUAGAGUUCAUGUUGACUUUAUGUAAUGGACUCAGUAAAGAAUCCACUGACAUUUCCUCACCAGCCUACUCUAAAGCAUCACUGGCAGUACAGCAAAACCUAUUUAGUCCCGAGCAGGCAAAUAUCAGAACAGUUCCUCCUCAGCUCAGAGCACACAGAUAUCAGGCCAGUUUUAGACUGUCAAACACUGAGUAAGAAUCUCAGUUAUUGGUCUAAUGGUUAGGGUUAGAGUUAGUGCAAUCGUUAGGGUUGGUCUCAAGGUUACGUGUGUGUGUGUGUGUGUGUGUGUGUGUGUGUGUGUGUGUGUGUGCGUGCGUGCGUUAAAGAGAAGGGAGGGUGGGGGGCAGUAACGUUUAGUACACCAAGCAUCUUUCCUCAGCCUAUCAGGGUGCACAUGUGUGUUGAACGCUCUCCUGUCACGGUGCUCUGAGCAGCCUGAUGGUUCUAUGUUCAUGAAUGGGAGGUUUCCAUCACACAGGGCCAUGGGGCCUUAACACUAAACGAUGGGAGGUUUCCAUCACACAGGGCCAUGGGGCUUUAACACUAAACGACCAGACAUCUAACUCGUUUAGUGAUGAUGGCUAGACGUGUCCCAUCAUCAAUAUCAAUGUGUGAAUGAAUUAUGAGACUGCGUGGGAUACAGCGUUGUGAGACGAGAGGCCUUCAGCACCUGAUCCCACCUUGAGGGCCGUACCCUACCAAGUUAUAAUACUGUAUGUUUCCAGUGGCGGGAAUAGACUGGCUGCUGUUUCCCUCUGUGAAUCUGUUGGCUAGUGUUAGUUAGUUAGUUAGUUAGUUAGUUAGUUAGUUAGUUAGUUAGUUAGUUUAGUUUAGUUUUUGUUAGUUAGUUUGAUAACAGCUUUUUAUAGCUAUUUCUUGUUGUCUACGACCCUCGUUUUAUUAUCCUAAUACACACACUGUAGCACAUUGGGAUUGUUUUUAGAUGAAAAGCUUGUUGCAAAUUAAGAGCUCUAUUCAAUCUGUAUCGCUGAAGCGUUCCAGGUUGCGCGAUAGAAAUGUAAAGGUAGCGUUUACCGUGAACGCAGUCUCCGCUAACGUGAGAGCAUUGCCUUUCAAUUUCAAUCACGCUGCAACGCUGAACUUCAGCGAUAUAGAUUGAAUAUAGCCUUAAAUGUAGAGAGAUGAAGAAAGAGAAGUAGAGCAGUAGAGAGAGAACCAAUCUCUUCAUUAUUUUCUCCUGCAGGAUAAUUUCCCAGCUGGUAACCCAGAGCGUCUCCAGGACCUGAAGUCUACUGUGGACCUUCUCACCAGCAUCACCUUCUUCAGGAUGAAGGUAUGUAUACACUGUGUGUGUGUGUGUGUGUGUGUGUGUGAUGAGAUGAGGGUGAGGGCUCAGUCCGACGUGACAAUGGCGGUGUAGUAAGUGCUAUGAAUGGAAUAGGGUGCCAUUGUAUUCUUGACCAAUCUGUAGAGAGCUUUAAUGUAUGUGUGAGCCACUCCCAGUUUAUUGUAGUAGAAGCGUGCUUAUAAAUGAAUUGGCAUAUUAGUGAAUUUACUGCUUGCCUUUACAGUGUUAGUCAAUACUGAUUAUGGUCAUAAACAGGCCUCCCACACAACACAUACACACACACACACACACACACACACACACACAUAUACACUACCAGUCAAAAGUUUGGACACACCUACUCAUUCAAAGGUUUUUCUUUAUUUUUACAUUGUAGGAUAAUAGUGAAGACAUCAAAACUAUGAAAUGACACAUAUGGAAUCAUGUAGUAACCAAAAAAGUGUUUAACAAAUCAAAAUAUACUUUAUAUUUUAGAUUCUUCAAAGUAGCCACCCUUUGCCUUGAUGACAGCUUUGCACACUCUUGGCAUUCUCUCAACCAGCGUCAUGAGGAAUGCUUUUCCAACAGUCUUGAAGGAGUUCCCACAUAUGCUGAGCACUUGUUGGCUGCUUUUCCUUCACUCUGCGGUCCAACUCAUCCCAAACCAUCUCAAUUGGGUUGAGGUUGGGUGAUUGUGGAGACCAGGUCAUCUGAUGCAGCACUCCAUCACUCUCCUUCUUGGUCAAAUAGCCCUUACACAGCCUGGAGGGGUGUUUGGGUCAUUGUUCUGUUGAAAAACAAAUUAUAGUCCCACUAAGCGUAAACUAGGUGGGAUGGCGUAUCGCUGCAGAAUGCUGUGGUAGCCAUGCUGGUUAAGUGUGCCUUGAAUUCUAAAUAAAUCACAGACAGUGUCACCAGAAAAGCACCAUCACACCUCCUCCUCCAUGCUUCACGGUGGGAACCACACAUGCUGAGAUCAUCCGUUCACCUACUCUGCGUCUCACAAAGACACAGCGGUUGGAACCAAAAAUCUAAAAUCUGUCCAUUGCUCAUGUUUCUUGGCCCAAGCAAGUCUCUUCUUCUUAUUGGUGUCCUUUAGUAGUAGUUUCUUUGCAGCAUUCGACCAUGAAGGCCUGAUUCACGCAGUCUCCGAUGAACAGUUGAUGAUGAGAUGUGUCUCUUACUUGAACUCUGUGAAGCAUUUAUUUGGGCUGCAAUCUGAGGUGCAGUUAACUCUAAUGAACUUAUCCUCUGCAGUAGAGGUAACUGGGUCUUCCUUUCCUGUGGCGAUGAGAGCCAGUUUCAUAAUAAUAAUAAUAAUAAUAAUAAUAUGCCAUUUAGCAGACGCUUUUAUCCAAAGCGACUUACAGUCAUGCGUGCAUACAUUUUGUGUAUGGGUGGUCCCGGGGAUCGAACCCACUACCUUGGCGUUACAAGCGCCGUGCUCUACCAGCUGAGCUACAGAGGACCAUCAUAGAUUGAUGGUUUUUGUGACUGCGCUUGAAGACACUUUCAAAGUUGUUGAAAUGUUCCGUAUUGACUGACCUUCAUGUCUUAAAGUAAUGAUGGACUGUCGUUUCUCUUUGCUUAUUUGAGCUGUUCUUACCAUAAUAUGGACUUGGUCUUUUACCAAAUACGUCUAUCUUCUGUAUACCACCCCUACCUUGUCACAACACAACUGAUUGGCUCAAAUGCAUUAAGAAGGAAAGAAAUUCCACAAAUUAACUUUUAAGAAGGCACACCUGUUAAUUGAAAUGCAUUCCAGGUAACUUCCUCAUGAAGCUGGUUGAGAGAAUGCCAAGAGUAUGCAAAGCUGUCAUCAAGGCAAAGGGUGGCUACUUUGAAGAAUCUCAAAUAUAAAAUAUAUUUUGAUUUGUUUAACACUUUUGGUUACUACAUGAUUCCAUAUGUGUUAUUUCAUAGUUUUGAUGUCUUCACUAUUAUUCUACAAUGUAGCAAAUAGUAAAAAAUAAAGAAAAACCCUUGAAUGAGUAGGUGUGUCCAAACUUUUGACUGGUACUGUAUAUAGACACACACACACACACACACACACACAUUACACAUCACACACACAUACAUUGCUCGUCCAAAUAUGUAUAUAUUCUUCAUUCCAUACCUUUACUUUAAAUAAGUGUGUAUUGUGUGUAUUGUUGUGAAUUUGUUAGAUAUUACUGCACUGUUGGAGCUAGAAACACAACCAUUUCGCUACACCCGCAAUAACAUCUGCUAAACGUGUAUGUGACCAAUUUGAUUUGAUAUACACACACACACAUAUACACACUAAACUGUUUACACACACACUCACCCUCACACAUUAAGCAGAAACACUGAUUAUUCUGUUCAUUCUUUCUGUAGAUGUAUCCCAUCUGAGCAGGGAGCAGCAGCAAAUAAUAUACUAUGAGAUAUGUCUGUCUCAAUGCCCCACAAGUCAUCUAGACGGAUUUAUGUUCCUCCAUUCUGAUGACAGUAACCAUACUGAUGACAGUUAUCCAUACUGAUGACAAUGAUCCAUACUGAUGACAGUUUUCCAUACUGAUGCCAGUUAUCCAUACUGAUGACAAUAAUCCAUACUGAUGACAGUUAUCCAUACUGAUGACAAUUAUCCAUACUGAUGACAGUUUUCCAUACUGAUGCCAGUUAUCCAU